GUGAUCCAGGAGGCCGGCCGCGCCGUGCGGACGCGUGCUCGUUAUUGCGCUCGCCUGUCUGGAUCGGUCGUGGUCGCGCAGGGUUCGUGGGUGCUGUGCGGAUGUUACUAUGGCGGAGCUACCGGCCUUCUUCCUCAUCACCCUCAGCCUCCUGGUAGUUGGGGAGGUCUCCUAUAAGGCAGAAGGUAAAUACGGUGCUUGUGCUUUGGCGGUGACAGCUAUGGGGUAAUCUGGUAAUGGAGGCGGGGAGGAUUCUAACCAGCACUGGCUACAGAGUGACUGAAACAUAACACUACAUAAACAGGGGGUCCUACAGGCCACCCAGGGCCGGGGUAGACAGCCCUCCGCACUCCAGAUGCUGUGCACUACAUCUCCCAUGAUGCUUUGCCAGCAUUUUGUUUUUUAAAGCCGUAAGAGCAUCAUGGGAGAUGUAGUCUCAACAUCUGGAGUGCCAAAGGUUGUUUACACCUGACCUAGGGUGAGAGAGUAGGGUAUGGUGGAAGGGGUAUUGGCGAUGGCUGUAGUAAAGGUAACCCUCUGAAGAGGAAGAGGUGGCACAUUAUGUACAUGUUGUUGUUAUGUAUCUGUGAGAAGAUGGUGCUUCUAGUGUUUUGCUUUACGUGGAUAGCUCUAAGUCCAUAUAUAUGCUGUGCAUUAACACCUGAUAGUCAGUCAGGAUGUGUAUUUACAGUAAGAGACACCCUGUUCUUGUAUGCACAGUUUGUUUACAUCUUGAUUUACUAGAAUUCUUGGCAGUCACUUGUGUGACAGAUGCAUAGUAAGAAUGAAGGUUAUUUGGAGUCAAGUACAUAUACUUUGAAUCAAGACUCUCCCCACAUUUAGAAGUGAUAAUAGCUUGUGGAGAAACCGUGAUGAAUAAACACUCUCAUUGGUUUAUUUAUUGAAACGUGAAUUGAAAACUGCAUACAUGCUAAAUGUUAAAACAAUAUAUUAAAUUUGUAUGGGGAAACGACGACUUAAAUUCAGUAUUUGUUCCCAACACAGUUAUUUAAUUUUUGCAAAGUAUGUUUUUAGUUUGUCAUGAUUUAGUGUAUAGCAAAAAAAAAACAAGCAAGUUUAAGUGGGCAGUUAGAUUUGUGAAAGCAGCUGGUGGCAAAUUGGGUAAGGGGUCCCCGUGACGCAAGAACUAAUUGAGUUUUAUAAGCAGCUUAGGAAAUAUAUGGUUUGUUUUUGUUGUUCUAACAGGCAGCAAACGUGGUAAGUAAUAGAAGUAAACACAAGUAUCUGCAAGUACAUGGUGUGCUGGGAUACAUUUGCAUUCUACUCUGUAGGGGUUCUAAUUAUCCAUUAGCAAUUCCAGCUAUAUGCUUGUUUUCUCUAGUAACCAUUUAGUGGGUUUAGGAUAAUCUGUUUAGUAAGUCCAUUGCUUAUUUUGAUUUGAGCUGCAGUUUUUCCCUGGUCAAUUACAACUAGGCAUUUAAAUUGAAAAGUGCUAUGUCUACUUAUUGCUGUUUUAAUGGUUUAUUCUUGUUAAGAUGUCAUCUGUUUACAAAUUCUUGCUUUUCUUGAACUAGCUUUUAAAAUACAGAGUCCAAUUUUGUUUUGUUUCAAUUUUAUUCUGGCACUGAAAAUGUUCCUGGAGUGUAGUCAUUAAAUUUGUAAGGGUGCUCAACCCAGAUUUCCAGCAAUGGCCUAUAAAUACAUUUCUCCUAGAACUAAAUUAAGCGAUUUUGUCUAGAAUCUAUUUUAAUAUUUAUUUUUAAUGAGUGCCCUUUAUCUUUCAUCUUGUGUGUCUUUGGGAAGACAUGCUUAAUUUUUAGUAUGGCAUGUCUACGUCGUAUUGUAAUGGUUUUUAAGUAAUGUUAUGAUUAUACGUGUAUAUUUGUGAUUAUGUGUUUUUGAGUUAAAGUAAAAUUAUUCAGAGCGGCAAUAGAAAGGAGAACAUUUUGAUUUAAUUCAAAUUAUAGUUAUUCUGUGUGUUUCUGUAUUCCUUCACUGUUUUGUUAAGGGGUUUUGCUGAUCAUAUUCACUUUGUUGCUUUGUGUAAUCUUGGCAAAUAACUUAUCAUAUUAACUUUAGCAACACAUUUUAUAAACCUUAGGGGUGUCGGUGUAUUAAUAUUGUUUUUGUAUUUUAUUGUACCAUAAUGUAUCAAUGCAAUGUUUUGUGGACUCAAGACAUGCUUGAAAACGAGAGAAAUCUCAAUGUAUCCUUCCUGGCAAAAUAUUUUAUAAAUAAAUAAAUAACUAUUGAUUACUGUUUUGUACCAGGACAAAUGACUAUACAUGUAGUGAUACAGUUAGCUGGAUAUGCAUCUGUUGUCACAGAUGAAAUAUGAAAUGGUUUUUUUUUUCUUAAAGUAUUGCUAAUUAUUUCUAUAUGUUUAAUUGAAUGCAUUAUACCCAGAUCAUAUUUAGUACUUUUGUACUUUAUAGUAAAGUAGACAAUAAACCUUGUAUUCUUCUGUGAAUCACUUUUACACAAAACGUGUUAAAUAGCUAUGUUUGUAAAACGUAACAGGCUCUAAAAACACUGUAAUUCAGUCUCAGAAAUAUAAAAGAAUCAAAAUGUUUUCUGUUAGCAUUGUUGGGCGUAACAGACGGUUACAUUUAUUAAAAGUGUGUUCUGCCAAAUCAUGUGGGAGUGCACCUUUUGAAAGGAAUGUAUCAUAAAAAUACAACAAAAUAUAAAAUGUUAUAAUAAGCUGAAACCAAUUGCCAUUUCUAGUAGAAGUCACUAAGGAACAUUUUUACCCCUGUCCAGUCUAAAUCUGAUCCUUCAGGGUUUAUUAAGGGCCAGGUGUUAAAUAGCAGGUUCAUUAAUUUUCGAUAAUAAAUCAUGUCUUUCUUUAAUACUAUGUCCUCUUGUGCUAGAAAUUGUACAUUCAUAUACAAAAUCCAAUAAUAGGGACAAACACAACAGAAUGUAAUAUACAAAGCCUCAAAUGAUAACUAAUGCUAUGCCCAUUGUUACAAAUCCUUCAGUCCAUUACCAUUGAAAGUCAUUGACUACUAAUUGUACAUGUUAUUCGUAUCCCCCUGGAAAGUCCUUGAAUAUUGAUUUGAGUCACUGCCUUAGUCUACCUGCCUGCAAUGCUGGGAAAACGUGGCACUAUAAUACCAAAUCAAAACGGUAAUGCUUAUUUCACAAACAAGGUUAUUACGUCUGACAAAUCUGUUUAUGUUUGGGGCUCUUUUUACACAAUAUCAAAAUACAAAAUCAUAGGAGCAUAGGAUAAAUCAGAUAAUUUAAAUAUUCCUUUUUUUUUUUCUUAAGAGGUAGCAAAAAGAAAACUUUGUGCCCCCAUGACAUUUUUAGAAAAUUAAAUAUGGAUUAAAUCACGCAAAUUAAUCUGGUGAUUUCUGUAUAAAAUCCACGUCUUAAAUAUGCUGCAAUGUGAGUGAUCACUAUCUAUUUCCAUUUUGCCUUCUUUUAUUUUGUGACCUUGUACGUGUGCUCCGUGACCACGCUGUCAUUUAGGAAGCUAACUGCAGUACACAUUUCUGAUCAGUAGUAAAGAUCAAUCAUGCUUUUAUAAUCUCAUCAGUGUAAGCCUGGCUGUAGUGUGUUCCAGCUUAAGUUGCAUUAAGCAUGCAGACAUGACCACUUAUCUUUGCAAAGUCCCCAGUCCCACCCGAGGGGACAUGUCAUAAGUGUCUGCACUUGAUAAUAAUGCUAAUGGGAAUUCCUAGCACACUCUCUAUUUUGAGAAAUGCUAUAUGCCCAGGACAUACUUGAAAAUGAGAGAAAUCUCAAUGUAUCCACCCUGGUUAAAUAUUUUAUAAAUAAAUAUGCCCCUGUAUAAGAUAAUUAACAUGAGGAUACUAGCCACCCCCAUAGCAUAUUCUUUGUCACUUCUAAUAAAUUAUUUUAUCACAAUUGUUGGGUUCUGUACAGGAGCCUUCAGUGUGACAUUUUCCCACAAUUCUUACCUUUCCUCCGUUUUCUUGUGAUACCUCCUUUCCGUAUUCCCAAACGCCGGCAAAACUAGCGAAUUUCGCCCUAACAGAAUCAGAGCAGUUCCUCCAUUCAUGUUAGGACAAAAUUUGGGACUUUUGUUCGGUUCAAAAUUUCCCACGGUAUUAGGGAGCUAUCUACCAAAAGGCUGAAAGACCAAGAUUGGUCUUUCAGCCAACUUUACUAAUAAGUAAAAAUGACUCGGUAUAGGUUAUCUGCCCCUACUUGCUAUAUUGUGUGUUGGGGCAUGUCUAGUAAACAGUGAGCAGCAUGUGGUCCUAUGGUGGGGCAUCUAUUAACUAGUGGGGGGGAGGGGAGCAUAGUAAAAUGUAUGGGAAAAAUACUUGCACCAGUCUGCCAUCAACAAACAUUUUUAUUUAUUUAUAAUUGGGAAUAUUGGAAGUGGCAAAAGAUGAGCACAAGCUUCAUUAUAUGAUGGUUUUGUUCUGGGCUAUGAAAAUGUUCUUUGGGUUAUAAUAGGAAAAGCAAUUAUAUGGGAACAUUUUAAAUUGGAGAAAUUGCCAUGGACACCAAUAGGAUUUUCCUGCUGAUUGCCCCACUAUAGUCUCAUCAGUGCAUAUAAUGCUCUGAUCAGCACUGCAUAGAAUAUACAGCUUUAAAUGACCGUUUAUUACUGAUCAUUUUUGGUGGAGGAGGGGUUGGGGUUGUAUUUAAGAAGCACACCUGUAACUUUUUGGUGCAAUUAGGCCACCUCUAGCAUGGGGUCAGCACUUGUGUGUCUUUCAUAUUGUUGCUUGGGGCAAUAUUCAUUCUGCUAUAAAUACUGAACACAGCAACUGUAGAGAACAAAGCUCCCUUUCUCUGUCUGGAAACCUGACGUUUUAUACAUGUCAAAACAGGUCCCUCGAGGUUGGGUUUCAUGCACAGAGUAGACACACAAUCCUGAUCUGUUGGCUUAAAGUUUCUAUAGGACAGAUGUUUAAAAUAUAGUAAUUUUGUCCUAGUACAGUAAUGAUUUCUUUUCUCUUUGCUUGGAAGUAUGUGCAAAAUUCAAUGCACUCUGUCUACAUGGAGUAAAGGCCUAUAUGCUUGGUGUGAAGCUGCAAAAUAACAGACCUUAAAAUUGCCCUCCCACGCUAGUUUCUCCAUACUCAGAUCACACAAGACAUGUUCACAACAUAAAACCUGCCUUUGAAAGGUGGAAACAUAAGAGUUGGUUCAGCAGGUUCUUUUCCUUUGAAGAUCUAGGUUUACGCUCAGAUUAAUAAUGACCUUGUUUGAGCGACUGCCUGAUUUUUGUUUGCUGGCUGCAUGGACAUCUUUUUAUUGUUUGUCCCAACUGUUAGUUAACUUGUAAACUAUGUACAGAUCCAUGCUUGCAGAGCUAAGCAUUACAGAUACUGAGACUUAAACUUUAAAUAUGUUCAUAUACUCAAAAACUAAACUAUAGCAAAGAUGUAAUUAUGAACUGAAUAUGUAAGGGGAAUGGAACAUCUGCAUAUUCUAGAUCCUGUUCUGUAGUAGCUGGUUAGAUACCCCCUUCCUACAAACACACACUCUUCAUUGAUUGGUUGAUUUUGUAUGAAAAUCAGUGCAGUUAAAUCUAAGGUGCCUUUUUCUUUUGUCUUUGGCUGAAUUUCUGCAUGUGGGUUUCAUGUAAGAAUAUCCUAGCAUGACAGCUGUUUUAAAGAAUAGUAAAUGAAAUUGAAUAUGGUAGGCUUUCUUAGGAAUGUACUGUUGGUUGUUAUCCAUAGAUCCUGUUUUGUCUGUUUCUCAGAGGAUAAAAUGAAAAGGUCUUAGAUAUUUUAUUCUUUCCUGGGGAGCAGGACAGGUAGCAGUGCGUGGGAGGUGUUUAAACUGCUGUUUUUAGUGCUCACAGCAAACUCCAUCCUUUUGUUCCAAUGCACCUUUUCCUGUUGAUGUAAUUUUACAUUCCAGAAAUACUUCAACACCGGACAAAUAUAAAGAACUGUCUGGGACUAAUUUCUAUAGGAGAAAACCAACACGUUUGUGUUGCUAUGGUUUUAAUUUGAACUAAAUAGCACCAUGCUUGUAUCCUGUCUCUUUUCAUUAUCGGAGUACAAAGGAGUAAAGGUUGUCAAUGUAGGAAAUUGCAGGUAGUGUCCGUCUCUUAAGUGCUCAUCAUUUGAUUCUGCCCAGGGUAUAUAACAAAGUGAGUAAUUCAUAGCUUGUUGGUAUUGUUGGCCACCACGUCUCACCUGAUCUGAAAUUUAGAUGAUCGCAGCACAUAGAUCAAUAGGAUAUUUGGGGGAAGGAAAUGUUACGGUAAUGUUAGUCAAUUCUUUUUAGCAAAACAAGUAGAAAUGUGACACAUGCCAUCCAGCACAAGGUAAAAGGGAAGGCAGAUCAGGGUGAGGAGGACAUUGUUGGUGGGGCAGGUGUGCUGGCAUCAGAUGCCAUAUUUGCUGACUGCCAUUUUGCUCCAGGAUUCACAUAAGCUACCUAAAACUAUUGUGCCUUGCUGGCUAAUGACGGCCAAGUGACAUAGCCGGAGGUGAAGUUACACUUCUGGCAGCAGAAGGGUUAAACUCUGUAUAUGCAUCGUUGUUAUAUUAAAACGCUGCACAUACAGAAUUCCAGCACCAUGGCUACUUCAAAUCAGUGGAGUGGUCAUGGUGUUUGGCAAUAUAAAUAAAUUAAAGGGUUACACCAAAGACUCACAUAACCUACAUAUCAUUAGUUUGGUGAGACCGCUUUAGACAAUUAUUUCCGUGACCCGUUCAAGUAUACUUAAAGCAAAACUGCACCAUUAGACUAUUUGUGCCAUCAGAAAAGUCUACAUUAUUUUGGAAAGCAAGACCACUACAGUUAAUAACUUGAAAAAAUUACUUGGUAUUGGUAAUUAAUCUGCCCCUAUUUGCUAUAUUGCGAGUAGGGGCAUGUUUAGUAAACAGUAAGCAGCCUGUAGCUUCCCACUGUUGUAACCUCCACCCCUUCUAAAAAAUGGCCCCAUGGUGGGGCAUCUAUUAACUGAAGGCUGAACUUGAUGGACGAAAGUCUCUCUUCAGCUAUGUAACUAGUGGGGGGGGACAUAGUAUCGUCCCCCCCAAGCCUCCAUCACACCUUUCAAAAAAGAAAGCAACCAAUCAGAGAGUUAUGAGUCAAAUUCCACAGCAUGGGGAAAUUCCAAAGAACUUUCCCACGCUGUGUAAAAUGACUCGGAGCACUCUGGUUGGAUUCUAUGCCAACCAAUAAGAGUGCUGUGACAGGUAAAUGUAGAGACUUACCUGUCGGUCUCCUCAUUUGCCUGUCAGAGCACUCUGGUUGGCUUAAACCAACCAAUCAGAGCGCUCUGAGCCUAAUUGCAGGUCAUGGGAAGGCUUUAUAAGCCUUUCCCGCCCUGCGAAACUCAGUCUGCACCGUUCCCUCGCUGGGUGAGGAUGGAUUUUAUUUGGGGGGGAGGGGGUUUGCGCUUGGGCUUUUUUUUUUUUUUAUUAUAAGUUCAAUGGAUAUUUUUGUGUGGGUUUUUUUUUUUUUUUUGGCCUUUUUUGGGGCUGAAAAGAGAAGGUUUUAGAAAAAAGACCUCAAAUGGUAAGUAUUUUAUUUAUUUACAGGGAUUUAGAUUUAUGGUCUCCCCCUCACUAUAUUUAGGGUGAGGGGGAGUAGGUAGUACUUUAAUUUUUUUUUGAGAUGGCAGGGGGUGACUAUUCACCUAGGGGUGGGGGAUAUUUUCACAUGGGUGGGAACCGGGGGGGAUGACAAUAGGUUUUCCCCCCACCCCAUUUUCAUUUAGGGUCCCCACCCACCGUUCAAGGGUGGGUGCCUGGUGGGAGGACAAUAGGUCCCGCCCCUGCCCUUCCCCUGCUGAUCAUGGGUGGGGGCUGGGGUGCAGGACAAUAGGUGCCCCCCCCCAUUUUUAUUUAGGGCCGCCACCCGCCAUAAACAGGGUGGGCCCUGUUUAGUUGCAUAGCCCCCAAUCGCAGGGCACAGGUGGAGGCUUGGGGGGGACCCGACUGGUUGUUAGAGGCCCCAACAGGGCGCUUUUUUUUCUUUUUUUUUUUUUGAAAAAGGGUGGGGGAGUUUACACCAGUGAGCAGCUGCUGGCUGCUCACUGUUAAGUAGUCACUGGCUGCUCACUGUUUAGUAGACAUGCCCCUUCUCGCUUAUGCUAUUAUAGGGGUCAUAUUGACCCCUAUAGAUUGAGGGAGGGCUUGGGAAAUGGCGGGGAGCACUGCACCCUGCCGCUUCUAUUUUUAUAUAUUACAAGGAGGGAGCUGCGCACCGGUAGUAAUAAACCAAACAAACUAACGACGAGGUUUUUGUUCAUUCGUUUGAAAUUUCUGUUCAUUUAUUCGUCUUUCUGACAAAUGAUUGAAUGAAAUUCCCAUUCAAAUGCCCUAGUGUUUAACUGGGCAUGCCCAGGAAUUUCAUAGCGCUAUAUAGUGUGGGCAGAUGACGUGUCCCACAGGGACUUCAUCUACCCACACAAAGAUGGCUGCGCCCAGGACCUAGGUCCGGGCAGAAAAUUAAGAUAAGAAAAUGGGUAAUAUGGGCGCUUAAGGGCAUUUGGUGGUGACCAGGAGGCAAUUAGAUGUAGUGGAGUCAGGAUGGGGGGAGUAAAAGUAACUGGAUUCGGCCAUGACAGUGGACUUCUGGACUUCUCGUUCCAUCUGUAUUGGCAUUAAAACUUAAACAUAUGUCACAUGUUCUGCAUUAAAAUAUGCUUGCCUUCAAGAGCUCAUACUUCACAGGGCAUGCUCAGCGGAAUGAAUAGAACGUUUAACAAGAAACAUCAAAGUACUGCUUGCAUCCCUGUGUCAUAGUAAAUCAUCAGAUGCUGUCUACUUUCAAAUGCUCUGUAAAACAAUCUUGAGCUGUGCAGAACCCAUAUUUGCAGCAUGAUGGGCCAUUAAUGUAUUGCAGGGCACAUAUUGUGAAUUGGUUAAAUAGAUGAGACAUAAGGGGUGCAGGGCAUCUAUAUGUUCACUGUCUUAAAAAUGUCAGUUUCAGAUUACUGUCAUCUGAGAGCUGAACAGCAGGAAGGCCGUUCUGGUCCUUGUGCAAAAUAGAGGAAAAAGUUGAACUUGGAAACCUUGCAGGUUCUGACAUGUUUUAAAACUCAUUAAAACAAUCUUAGUUGAUGAGAAAAAUGUGAAAAUAGUACAUUUAAAGUCAUCCUGGGUCAGUUCAACCUUUAAUAAAUAACAUUCCGUGUAUAAGGACCCAAGAUUGGGUCUGUGUAUUUCCUUUACUUUUUUUUUUUUUCUCGUAGGAUUCUAUUACAUGAUUUCGUCUAUCAUUUAGAGCAGGGGUUCUCAACGUUAGUCCUCAGGACCCCCUACCAGUCCAGGAUUUGGGGAUUACCUGGGUGUGUCUCAGGUGUUUAGAAAAAGGGAAAAAACACCUUAGACUCUAAGGUGUUUUUUUUUUUCUUUUUUCUUUUUCUAAACACCUUAGACACACCCAGGUAAUCCCUAAACCCUGGACUGGUAGGGGGUCCUGAGGACUAACGUUGAGAACCCCUGAUUUAAAGAGUGGGUAAAAAGGAAAGAAACUGGAAUCAUUUAUUUCAGCUUGCUCCUUGACUAAUACUCAACCACACUCUCACACCAGAUCAACCACUUUCCUGUAUAAAAACUUUAAAUUUAGACAUUCACUCACACAUAGAUAUACAUUCAUAACUAACCAGUCACAAAUUUACAAGCAUAAGCCUACUAUAUAGAUAUACUUUCAAACACAGACAUUCAUACAUAUACAAACACUUGCUAAAUUUAUUUAAACUCUCUACUGCCAGCCUCCCCACCUUUGCUGGCUUUCACAAUUUGAGGUCAGCAUCUCCGUCACUGCCUUUUAGUGGGGAAGAUGGCUGUUGCUGCGUAAUGCAGUAGCAGAAGUAAUUUAUCCCUCCCCUUGCCUUUCCACACAUUGUAUUAAAACAUUCCACCAGGGCAAUGUGACAUCAUUGAUGUGUAUUGGGAUCCAGUGCAGGAGUCCAAAGGGGUCUCUGUGCCACAUUAUUCUUUUGACCUAUUAUGACAAACCAGAAGACAGAUUUUAAGGGUCAUGUCUUAUUUUGGUUUGCAAUGAUUACUUCGUGCCCUGGCUUUAAGUAUCACAAACAGUUUAAAAGCAGUCGGCUGGUAGGCCCAACGGUGCAACAUUUUUCAACAUUACCACUGGACUAUAAUCUGGCAGUCUCUAAACCCUUAACCUAUGUGGAAAUUUCAAAAUGUUAUCAAGAAAUCACCACCAAUUCCUUCAUUUUUUCAUUCCCAUUUUUCUGUCAGGCAUCCUUUUGUGAACAUUCUUGCAAAUAUAAGGGGACAAAUUAUUAUUAUUAUUAUUAUUAUUAUGUUUUGUUUUAUGUAAAAUAGACAUGCUCCAGUAGUCUAUGAAGUAACUGUAAAUGUGAAGCAGUAUUUACCCCUGCUUUUGCUUGCUAAAAUAUUACACCCAGAUUUCACAUAUACCAUUUGUACCCUUUCUACAUAUGUUUCUGGCUAUUUCUAUAGCAGAUGCUUGCCAAGCUCACAUUGUUACUGUGAUCACUUUAUUCCUUGGUGACUGAUGCCAGUCUCUUAACAUCCAUCUGAAAUUACUAUACUCUCCACCCCACUAUCUCUGCUAUCAUGAUUCUCCCUGGAGUGUCCACGGAAACUGCACAUGGAUCUCCUUUUAAGCUGUUUUCACUGUAGAUAACCGCAUACUUAGUAGUCCGUCACGGUCCUUUUUGGUCAUGCAAAUGAUGUGUUCUCCUGGAUACACUACAGUUUGGUGCACCUAGUGAACAGAAUGACAAUGUCCACUUCAACAAGCUAGUAGAUGAGAGAAUUCAGCUAGUUUCUGAUUUCCCACUGGCUGUCUGUAGGAAACCUUUAUAGUUAUCCAUCAUAAAACAUUUCUGUUCAGUUAUUACUCCCUGGUAACUACCAUUAAUGGAGAAUUCUAUGCACAAUUGUGGUGGUUAUGGUGCUAUGAAUCUAGUUUUCUAUUACACGAUUUUGGACCAGUUUACCAAACUUAGAGCUGUCCCUUAUUACUCUUGUUGCAGCCACACUUAUUAUGAUAAAAUGACACUUUCACAUUAUCUGGUAUUUGUGAUAUGCCCCUAUCUGUUUUUCCCCAGCAGCUAAAUAAUCUGCUAAAUAAUCAGUCUUUACUUGAGCCCCAUUAGAUGGGUUCUUGUACCUUUUUGUUUUAUGGAGUUUUCCCUUUGUAAAAACACUAUUUUUUGUUUUUAGUAUUUUUCAGUUUUAGCCUUCAAACCUGUUUUUAAACAGAAUGUUAACAAUCACAACAUACGAUGUAUGACGUAAGUGUUUUUGUGCAUACCUCACUGAGGAAGGAAUGCAGGAACCUCUCCAAAGAAGAAUACCAUUGUGAAACAGUCUAGAAUAGUUCUGGGGUGAGGUUAAAAAAAAUGUAAGAGGUAGCAUGUGUUUAAAGAUAAACAAAAAAAUGGCUCUGUUUCUGCCAGCCAGACAGGUUAUAAACGUUUUUUAAAAUCUUUUGUAUAAGAACAUUUUGCAGUUUACUUUUAGAAGCAGAUAUUUUUCCAAUUUGGUUACGCACUCUGAGUAGUUGUAGUUUUGCAGGUUCUUUAUUGCAAGGUAGACCUUGAAACAUUUUGCUAUACAAAUGAUUGUUGGGCUUCGAAUAGAAGAGAUCCCCUGCCAUCUUAGUAUAUGGCCAGCCAUUUCUUACUUUUCUCUCUACACUGUCUUUGUUGACAUGUUUUUUUGUUUUUUUACUGCGUCAACAUGCGUGGACUUUGGAGUCUAUUCUGUAAAUGUCCUGUUUGCUAGAGCAAAUGUUUACGCCUUCAUUAGGCUUAAUUCUAUGGGUCUCAUCUCUUUUAAAUACGCACUGUAACUGCUUCAUAUCAAUUAAGUGGUAAUAGUGUGUGGAAUCCUCUAAAAUUAGCAUUAGCCUGAGCAGCAGCGGGUGGCUGUGAUUGGCUGUGAGUGUCAGCUGAUGGUACGAUUCGUUUUGCUAGCGAGAAGAGUGUAUUUUCUGCUUUAGACAUACCUCCAGUAGGUUAGUUGGACUGCUUGGAAAUAGUUUAUCACUUUUUAUGGAGACUGUGCACUGUAACCAAUUCAUUGUGCUGUUUGGGUCCAUGCUGUAUUUCACUGGGACUCAUUACUGUGGUUGGAUUUAUUUAUAAAUCACUCAACCAAAUUGCAGCCUAACUGCAACUGAAUUUCUUUGCUGUUGGGAGAAAGAGGAAGAAAAUGUAAGGUUUCAGGUGAUGUUAGUGUUGAAAUAUUGUUAUAGGGUAUUGGGUUAUGGAUAAAAAUUCCUUAGUCUGUAUUUGAGAAUUGGAUUAAUUCAGGAUUUGAGAAAUUUGUUUGGAAGCCAGUUUUUUUUAUUUUUUUUGUGUGUGUUUUUUGUUUGUUUGGUUUUUUUUUUAACUACGAGUUUUAUUUUCAACAAGAAAAAAUAUCUUUAAAGGGACACUAUAGACACCAGAACCACAGCUUAAUGAAAAGUCAGUGUUUACAUUGCUGCCUAGUAACCCCUCUAGUGACGGUCACUUAGGCAGCCGCUAGAGAGUUCAGCGUCCCCACACCCUUCCCCAUAGAGAUGCAUUGAUUCGCACAGUGCAGUGUUUUGCUGUGCAUGCGCAAUAUAUAAAGAACAAUGAUCUCAUCCUUGGAGGCGAGACAGGCAUGGCGUGGGAGAAAGGAUGAUUUAAAAACCCCUUUCUCAUGCGAUCGGAUGGGGGCAAGUACCUAAACAGACACACAUACACAUUUUAUUACACACCCACAAAUUGACAUUAUCAUUUUUAUUUAUGUCCACUCCAUCUCCCUACCUUUGGGAGAACUAGAGUGAAUCCUUUUCUUGGGUUCCAUUGAGGCUGUUCUCUAAUCUUCCUGCAGUUCCUCUUUGCUCCCUGCAUGUUGUCUGAAGUGAUGCCGGGGCUGGAGUGAGAUCAUAUUCAGGCUCCUGGCAUCACUAAACUGUGUGUGAGGGAGCAGAUAACUGCUACUUCGCUCGCUUCCUCAGGUGUCUAGCUCCAUUGAUACCUAGGGCGGCCAGCUCCAAUGUUUACUUGGGCAGUCGCCUACCAUGCCUUCCCUGGUGGCUACCUUAGCGAAAGGGCUGAGAAAUCCAGGGCGCCAGGACAACAUUUCUAGUCGUCCUGGUGCCUGGGAUUUGUCGAGCCCUGGAUUACCUGAAUGGAAGGAAUUUUGAUGUAAUUUGGCUGCAUUUAUUUUACAGGUAAAUUGCUUUCGUUUUUGACAGACAAAUUGUAUUGUCAGUUUGGUUGAUAUAACCAGAAUUUGUCUUUUGUGAAUUAAUGAAUCUUUUAAAUUUGUUUGAAAUUGUUGAAUUUUUACAACCCUCCCUUUUGUUUCAAGUGCUCAAAUAAUUGUACUUUAUAGUUGAAUAAACAAGACGUGGUGCGAAGUAACCUAUGCACUUUGAGACUUGGAUAUCCUAUUAGAGGAAUUGUGACACUACAGAUUGCCACUGCUAAAACAGAAUAAUAAAGCUUGAAUACUGAAAGGAAUGUAUCUGCAUUCUCUGCUUUAAAGAGUUUAUGGAAGCCCUAUUGUCUCUUACAUUGUAAUUUUCAGUGUGGAAAAUGGAAUAAGCCCUGACUGGUAUUUAUUUACUACAUUACAUUUAUAUUGCAGUCAUUAUUUUAUUAUUCUACUACCCUUAACAUAAAUCUUGGUGUUUCGUAAUUUAGUGCCCUGAAGUGGUUAUGGUGGUAGGAGUGCCCUGGUGCACUUCAGUGUAAGUAGUCAAACUUGUUUUAGAACGGUUGGACCUAUUACCUGGAGUCUGCCAAAAGCUCAAAGCCAUCUGUCUGAGCUAAGCCUAGUGGUGCAGAGCUUGUCUCAUUGGCUGAGUGUAAUCAGCUGAUGCUUUGUCAGUAAGCUAAACAUAGAAACAUAGAAUGUGACGGCAGAUAAGAACCAUUCAGCCCAUCUAGUCUGCCCAAGCUAGCUUCUGUGCAGGUGCUUCCCGCUCUCCUACCCUUUUAGGAAGUUCCAGGAUAUACCGUGCACCGUCACCACUACAGUGCUCCCCUUGCACCUUUACCACUACAGUGCUCUGAUAAAUAUAGGAAUUUAUCUAUGUAUGUAUGUAUGUAUGGGUUUUUUGUUGUUUUUUUUAAGGUUAAAAAAAGACAUAGUCACUAAAAAAAAUCCUACAUUUCUUUGCAGAUAUAUAUAUAUAUAUAUAUAACAGUCAGUGGAUCCAUGCACUCACGCUCAAAAUUGUAAACAAUAUAGUACUUGCCGGGUGCCAGUCUCUUGGGGCAAUAGGUAGUAGUAACAAAAAGUGUCCGGACUGCACUCACGGUCUUAAAGUUGAAAAUGUUUCUUUAUUCCAUAUAACAAAUCGACGUUUCGGUCCACGCAGGGACCUUCAUCAGGAUCAAAUAGCAUCAUGCUAUUUGAUCCUGAUGAAGGUCCCUGCGUGGACCGAAACGUCGAUUUGUUAUAUGGAAUAAAGAAACAUUUUCAACUUUAAGACCGUGAGUGCAGUCCGGACACUUUUUGUUACAUAUAUAUAUAUAUAUAUAUAUAUAUAUAUAUAUAUAUAUAUAUAUAUAUAUAUAUAUAUAUAUAUAUAUAUAUUAAUUCUAGAUCUAUUUCAGUGUUUUUCAGAUGGUUUAUAAUAGUGUUAAAGAGCAGGCUAUGAAUGAUUAUAUGGCUGCUGAUGCAGUGAAUGAAUAUUUGUAAUGGUAUAGAAAAUGACUGAGCAGGUGUAAAGAAACGGAAUUACUUAAAAGGGCACUCUAAGGUUGGAUGUGACGUGUGUCUCAUCAUAUAGAAAAAUAAUGGAGCAAUAUGCAAAAACCUAAAAUGCUUUAUAAAGUUCUUAAAGCUACUGCUUUUGCAAUGGUAAUCCGUAACUGGCAGUCCCCCUGUUCAAAUCAGGAAGAGGCUCCUUUCUGUUGAUAUUUGUAUUUUAUUUUCUAACUCUUAAACCCAUAUUCAAAAGGUAUGACAUAUGUAGUUAAGAUCAGGCCACAGUUUCACUCAUCAGACCUGUUGCGUGGAACAGUUUUCACAUAAUUCACCACAACCACUAGUUAUUUUUGUGUGAACUAGGCAGCCGUAUGCCACUGUAAAAUUCUCAGGCUGCUCUGACGGAAGGGAUAGAACUUUGGUAUUGACAUGUCAGAAUUUAACAUUUCUUGCUGAGGAAGUCUCCAUCUUGCAGAUCCGUGUUCAUUUAUAAAGCAGAUAUUAUAGUAUAUAUUUUCUGCAACAAAAACAAUAUAAAAAAAUUCCUAAACCAAAUGAAAACAUUGAUUUUACAUUCAAUAAAAAAAACAAGAUUUGAAGUACACAGCAUUCAAAACUGUCAGAAGUUAGCCUUGAUUUCAUGAGUAUUCCAAGUGUUAAAGGUGUACACAUGUAGUUUAGAAGGUAUGCUUUUACAUACACUACUCUGGGGUAAAAAUCUAGAUUUACUUUACUGGGUAGCUGAUCUUUGUCAUGCAGUUCCGAAUUCAUUAAUAAGCCUCACAUUCUGAUAUGCUGACCGAUUCCCCAGUGGGUAAUACUGGUAAAUGUGGGUUUCCAUCAUUUAUUUUUUAUUUAUUUUUCUUAUACUGGCUGUUAUUUUAAAAUAUUGAGCAGAGUUACAGAAGCAAGGUGGAUUUAAAGAUGGUGCUCUAACCUAAACUUUGCUAUGGUAGCCUUGGUGAAAACGGUACGCUUGCCUCUUGUUAAAUCAGUUCCUUUAUUGUCCCUGCAGAAGCCAAGCCCAAUGUAUGUAUAAUAUAAGAGACUGACAGCCAUUUGCAACCUUUAAAAGAAAAUAAUCAAUACAUACAACCAGAGAGUUUAGCAUUUAUUUAGUAAAGCGAUGAGCUCUGGUUCCUGUAGUUUGUCAAGUCCGCAAUGAUGUUGUGGAUGCAAAAAGACAAUUCUCCAGAACAUGUCUCAAGUUAAGAAUUUUUAAAAUAAACUGUUUAUUUACUUUAGACUUUGGUGUAAAGUUCUUUCCGUGACCCAUGUCAUUUUCAAUUUCAAUAAGGACAGAACAGGACAUUGGAUUCUGUCUCUUUCUCUGUUGCUGUAAUUACACAAGAAACUGCUCUGACACUUCCUUCACAGCCAAAUGUCAAGACCAAGCUAUACUGCUGCAAGUAAUACGGCUAAGGGGAUAAAUAGAUGCAUUUGAUGAUUACAAUAAAAGUAGACUAGAAGAAACCUGUACAAAUCGCUUACAGGGAAUGUAACCUGGCAGGUCAGGGAAUCCUAACCUCUUACCGUUUAACCACAUUAUGAGAAUUUUCACUCCUCAAGUAUCAUUUAUUAAUUGGGGUUACUACGGUUUAUUAUACACCUGUUGCAUUGGGAAUACUGCAUUUUGUUUUAUUUUAUUUAUUGGAAUAGUGUUAUACUUGUGAAGGCGCUUCCAAAAGAUCAAUUUAAUUUACUGUUAUAAGAUUUUAAAUUAUGUUAGCUGCUGAAACACUGGAUGUGUAUACUUUAAUACCCCUAUGGAGCGAUGUGUAUGUUUUAAUAGUGGAGUACUUGGCAAAAAACAGUCAAGGUAUAACUUACUAUGAAAUUAUAUUAAAAUGUUAAAACUAAAAAUAAAAAUUUAUAAAGUGGUGUAUGUGCAAAUUCACUAAAGUAGCUUACUUUCCCAAUCAAAGUGCAAUACAAUAAAGUGCACAUAAACAAAACACUAUGGUGUAAAUGGGGUGGAAUAAUAAUAUAUACUGGUGUGUGUGUGUGUGUGUGUAUGUGUAUGUAUAUAUAUAAUUUUUUUAUUUUUUUUACCUGCCCUGUGAAUGUUUACAUGGUGUGUUCAAUAAAACAUGGCAACAUUUCAUUCUUUGUGUGUUUCAUUAGUUUAAGCAGACUGUGAUUGUCUAUUGUUGUGACUUAGAUGAUGAUCAGAUCACUUUUUAUGACCAAUUUGUGCAGAAAUCCAUAUCAUUCCAAAGGGUUCACAUACUUUUUCUUGCAACUGUGUGUGUGUGUGUGUAUAUAUGUGUGUGUGUAUAUGUGUGUGUGUGUGUGUGUAUAUAUAUAUAUAUAUAUAGAUAUCUAUAUCUCUAUAGAGAUAGCGCUCCCAGGACUCCAAGAGGUAUUAAAAGUAAAACUUAACUUUUAUUUUCCUCAAUUAAGAGAUCGACGUUUUAAUUUGUAACCCAAACUUUCAUCAGGAUGAGGGCUACAAACUGAAACAUCGAUCUCUUAAUUGAGGAAAAUAAAAGGUUUUUUUUUUGGAGUCCUGGGAGUGCUAUCUCUGUUACCUGGCUAGAUUGAUCAAAGACACCAGUAAGUUGGAAUGCAAGACUAUUUUUUUUGUGUGUGAUAGAUAUAGAGAGAGAUUAUAUUUAUAUAUACACAUUUUUUUUUUUAAAUAAAUAUCUGUAUACUCUUAUUUCCACAAUUGAUAAACUGUACCCUAAAAAGGUGUAUAUAACAAGAAUACAGUGUUUCACUGGUACAAAUAUGUCCAAUAUGUCUCUGGGUAUUGGUUAAAAAACAUUGUUUCACACACAGCGGUACUAAAUAGUAUAGUGAUAUAUUGGGUCUGAUUUUGCACCUUCCCUCCCACAGAACUCAUCCAAUAAGAUGGUAGUGUUUGCAAGCAAAGGAAGGGAUAAAAAAGGAAACUUACGUGUACUUAUCUUGUUGUGCGUUCUAAAUAGUAUAAAUCACUUUUACAGAUACAUAAAUGUUUUUUAGAGUGGCAAGUUGCUAGGUGUAUUAAUUAAAAAUAUUUCUUUCUGUCAUAAGACUGGAUUUCCCUUUAUAUGUUCUUUUUUUACUCUCAGAAUUUUUACCUGCCACGCAGAUCACAAAUCUGUAUAGGUGUCAUGUUGUCUUGCAAAGUUAAGAAGUACUUUGGCCAUUUCUGUUUUUUACACAUUGAAAUUUGCCAGAUUGGUUUGCUGGGUCUAUGUUGUCUUUGAGGCUGUAAGGUAGCCUAGAAAUGAAAAUAACCCUCAUGGCAUUCAAAGGCAUACCUAGAAGUCCUGGGGCCCCAGUGUGUCUCAUCCUCCCCCCAGCACGUCCAUGUGUCUGGUUCCCCCAUUUUGCCAACCCCCCUCAAUGUGUCUUGUUCCCUCAUUCUGUCCCUCCCUAACUCCUCCAUGUAUCUUAUUUCCCCAUUCUGACAUUGGGGCGUGAUUACAUGUCCUAACGUCGUUAAAGAUGUAAUGACACGUCCUAACUUCAGCAUUCAGUGUCUGGAGUCUGUCAUAUUUGUGACAGUUUAUAUCAGUGCUGAUUUUAUUGGUGUGGUCCUUUAACAAAAGUUUGGAGCUUGCUACAUUAAUUUGAUUCAUUUCUGGAUCACCAAACCAGAAUCUUCUCCAUUUGGAUCUCCGAAACCUUGCUUUAUUUUUCAGUGUAGCUAUGUUCUACACUUAUCCAUCUGUGUGUCAGCACACACUCCUCUCAGCUUCUAAAGUGUUAAGCAUUGAACUCAUUUUAAUGGGAAAAUUGUUGCACAACAUUUCCCAUAAAACUGUAAAAUAUCUCACUGUUUUGCAAUAAUGCAUUAUUGUGCCAAAGGUAUUACUAAUGUGUUUAAACCAUUUGCAAUUAUUUGUGUAGCGUAUCUCAGGAAGUAUUGCAGCACCAAGGAGACUGAUAAAGGCUGUGGUUCCUGAAUCCAUUCACAGUACCAAGAUUGUGCCAAUUUAUACACUGAAAAGAUACCAAAAUAGUAUGGAAUAUAGCAGUACCCAUAUAUUGCCUUGCUCACCAGCCUUUGGACUCUCAUUAAUCUAUACUUUAUUUUUAUGCAUCAAAUAUCUUCAUUGCGGCAGAGAUAAUAAAUGGCCAGGGGAGAAAAAAAUAUAUAAAGGGAUAUUUAUCUAAUCGUUAUUCAUUAAAGGGAUGCACUAGCCACCAAAACAACUUUACCAUAAUGAAGCAGUUUUAGUGUAUAGAUCAGGCCUGCCCAACCUGCGGCCCCCCAGAUGUUGCCGAACUACAACUCCCAUGAGUCUUUCAAUGAAACAGCCAGGGAAACAUGGGAGUUGUAGUUCAGCAACAUCUGGGGGGCCACAGGUUGGACAGCCCAGGUAUAGAUCAUGCCUCUGAAGUCUCAAAGCACAAUUCUCUGCCAUUUAGGAGUUGCAUCACUUUUGUUUGUUUUUUCCGCCGUAGCCACAUCUCCGUUGGCUGUGACUGACACAGCCUGCAUGAUAUCAAAAUGGUUUCAUUUUCAAUCACGUGUUUACUUACUUUAAAAGAUUUAAUUUCCUGCUCUGUAAAUUAAAAUGAGUUUUAAUUACAUACAAGAGCAAGCUAUUAACAGAGCAGGAGUUGAAUUCUAAAUUAAACAGAAUUCACAAUAAAGAAAGUUUAAACAUUAGAUGACUCUUUACAGUAAGUGUUUAGGAAGGCUGUACAAGUCACUUGCAGGGAGAUGGUGCUAGGACUGCAUAAACAAAGUGAUUUUACUCUUAAAUGGCAGAGAAUUCAGCAGUAAGACUACAGGGACGUGAUCUAUACACCAAAACUGCUUCAUUAAGCUAAAGUUGUUUCGGUGACUUUAAUGUCCCUUUAAAGUGAGAAUUCAAAGUGAAUUUUAAAUUUAAGGCUGGAAGCAUAGCCGAAUUAAAGAAUGUUAAAGGGACACUUCAGUGCCAAAAUACAAAUUUAAAAAGUAGUGUUUAGUAAAUAUACCCAAAAUGAAAACUUUCAUGCAUUUAUUAUGCAUUUUUUCAUAGGUGGUAUAGCUAAAAACAGCUACAAAACCUGCAGUUUUCUUGUCUGCUGUCAUUACAAACCCUCCCCUUCUAACCCUGGCCAGACUUUUUGGCUGUCCAGUCUAGACUUCCCAGUGCAGCUCAAUUAGAAGUCUUUGAAAGGCAGGUGCUCUUAGAUAUUGCUGGUCUCUUGAAUUUAGCUCCACUGGUCUAACAAAACCAGGAAGCAAUAGGACCGCUGUCUGAUUGGAAGUCAAAGGGGUGUAACCACGGUAAUUUAUAUAAAUGUCUUUUAAAAUCUGCCCUUUUUGCAAAAUGAAAAAGGAAACACUCUUCUGCUUUUAGGGGCCUAGAGUGUCCAUUUAACAGUAGAAUAAAGGGAUUACAUUGCAAAACAUAAUAAUCACUGGUAAAUACAGAAAGCUUUUAAAAAGUGUUUAAGAUUGUAAUAGGAUUAACAAAAGUGUCAUUUAUAAUUGAAUCACAAGAUAACAAACACUGAGUGUUUUCUUUCUUGUUUUUCCAGCAAUUAGAUGUGUGUGCUCAACCUGCGUCAAGACAAACUACACCUGUGAGACGGAUGGGGCCUGCAUGGUCGCUACCACUAAUCUUCAUGGAAAAAUACAUGACGAUAGAAGAUGCAUUUCAUCAUCAGACCUUGUACCUGCAGGAAAACCCUUCUAUUGUCUUAGUUCUGAAGAUAUACGAAACACCCACUGCUGUCACACAGAUUUCUGCAACAAAAUUGAAAUUGUGGUGCCAAAUGGUAUGUACUAAGUGUGGAUUUGCAUGUUGCCCCAAAAAGUCUUAUUAAAAUAUUUCAACUUAUGUUUGCAGCAUAAAUAUAUGAAAAACAUCUUACAAUACACUUAUUCGUUAUAUGAAGCUGGAAGCAACAAUGAAUGUUUAAAUUUCUUGCGUACCUCACAAAUCUACUGGAGUUGUUGCGAUUAGGAGUUAACAUGUGCCUAAAUUUAAAGGGACACUAUAGUCACCAGAGCAAUUACAGGUCAGUGUGGUUGUUCUGGUAAGUAUAGUCGGUCUCUGCCUGCAUUUUUCUUUAAAGGACCACUCUAGGCACCCAGACCACUUCAGCUUAAUGAAGUGGUCUGGGUGCCAGGUCCCUCUAGGAUUAACCCUUUUUUUUUUUUAUAAACAUAGCAGUUUCAGAGAAACUGCUAUGUUUAGAACAGGGUUAAUCCAGCCUCCAAAUCCUCUAGUGGCUGUCUCAUUGACAGCCGCUAGAGGUGCGUGCGCAUUCAGCCGAAAGGGAGGAGAGGAGGAGGAUCGGAGGCGGAGAGCUCCCCGCCCGGCGCUGGAAAAAGGUAAGUUUUAACCAUUUCCUCUCCCCAGAGCCGGGGGGGAGGGGGACCCUGAGGGUGGGGGCACCAUCAGGGCACUAUAGUGCCAGGAAAACAAGUAUGUUUUCCUGGCACUAUAGUGGUCCUUUAAACACUACCUUUUCAGAGAAAAGGCAGUGUUUACAUUGCUGCCUAGGGACAUCUUCAGGUACAGUCACUCAGACGGCCACUAGAGGCGCUUCCUAGGUCAGUGCUGCAGCACUGACGUUUCCCCAUAGACAUGUUAAUUCAAUGCAUGUCUAUGAGGAGAUGCUGAUUGGCCAGUGGGGCAUUUGGCUUUGCCUCACCUCAUUGACUGAGAUAAUAAGAAUUGACCAUUUCAGCCAAUCCAAUGCUGAUCUUCUGAUAUGUGGCUCUUGAGAAAAAGAGGGUAGCUGGUAAAUGUGUGACUGACCUUUUAACCCCUUAAGGACACAUGACAUGUGUGACAUGUCAUGAUUCCCUUUUAUUCCAGAAGUUUGGUCCUUAAGGGGUUAAAUUCUUUAUACAUUUGUCAGCAGGAAUGUCUCAUUUUCCUUAGACAUAAACAUUCCACAACUUUAAACUAUAGGCCCUGCCUUUACUAAAAUAAUUGACAUUAACUGAACAAAACAAAAAACAAACAGUAGACUGUAAAAGAAACAAAUUCAAAGAAAUUGAUGUUUUGACCAAACCUUCCUUCAUUUUGUUUUUUUAUGUAAUAUAACAAGCUAUUAAAAAGGUGUGGCAGGAGUACUCCAAUAUGAAACACAAUAUUGUGCUGUAAAUGGGUCAGCACAUCAACAAAACAUAAUUGCAUCCUAGAAUAAUGAAGCUGCAACACCCAGGAAAAAAGUUUAAAGAAAAUUAAAGUUUAUUACAGGUUGUCUGAUAUUUAAUCUUUUAAUAUGUGGACCUUCAGCAGUGCAAAUAUACAGUAUUUUAUUUACCCGUCCACAUUUUUUUUUUUUUUUCAUUAUAGAAAAUAUUUUAGACACUGCUGUUUGCAAGACACACACACAUUUAUUUUAAACAAAGUUUUUCUCCAUGCAAGAUGAGUGAAGCACUGUAAGCUGUAAAGAUAUACCUUGGCCUAAUCAUGCCAUUCAAACUCUUACUUUAUUUUAUAAUUUUAUCAGCGUGUGCCUGUGAAGUUGCCUGUUCCGAUCACACUGUUAAUGCAGGACCUGGUUAUUUGUGUUGCUGCACAGAAAACACGUCUGAUUAACACAUGGCAGCUAAAAUAAAGUGCAACAGGCAGACACUUUCACAAACACACAAAUUCAUCUACACUGCACUACCUUUAACUCUCCUAGGAACAUGAUUUACAAGUAUUAAUAACAAAAUAUGUGGCCUGAAGCCUGAUUUAUGUGAAUUACUGAGAAUACAGAACAGCUUAUUAUCGAAACCAUUUAUUUUGGUUAAAAAUAAAGUAAAUUUGUAAUAGACAUUGACCUCAAUAUAAUAUUGUCAAAAUGGGGGAAAAAAAUAACCAAUACCAUAGUAAGUCUACCUUCACCUGUAGGCAGUUUCCUUUCACAUAGUGAUGAUACCCUUCAAUCAGGAGUAUGACAUUCUGGUUGUAAUCAGAAUCCGCUACUGGACGGAAGAUUAUGGAAUAGCAGUCCAAAUUCCAAAUUGAGAAAACAAGAUCUAUGGGGGGUAACCCCUAAUUUAUAUGAAACAACCAACAAACUAGUGAUUUAUUGGCGUAGUUAAGGAUGUCCACUAAGGACAUGAAGAGUGCAACUAAAUCCUGAACAGAAAUUCUAAAACUUAACUUUUAAUAUAUUAACUAAAUUAAGGAGUAUGUGCCACCAAUAAAAUCGAAUGUCAUCACGAAGUGCUACAAACAUAGAAGACAAGCACUUAUUGGGGGAUGGAUGAAGAAAUCCUUCGUACAACAAUAUAAUGUGAAUGUGUGUAUAUAUGAGGAUUAAUAUAUAGGGGGCACUGUAAUUGUACAGUUUGACAAUCGGGUCAAACAGUGCCUUCUAGUGGUAAAUAAGACAUGGGUAGGUCUAGUACCCUGUGGUGAAUUACAAAAAAGUAAAUCGCUAAAAACAAACAUAUAGGGUCUAAAGUGGGCCAACAACUAAACCAGGCAUAGGCAACCUUCGGCACUGCAGAUGUUUUGGACUACACCUCCCAUGAUGCGUUGCCAGCAUUAUGGGGGAUGUAGUCCACAACAUAAGUAGUGCCAAAGGUUGCUUAUCCCUGAACUAAACUGUGCUAUGGACUGUUUGAGAGGGGUAAUCUCAAUUAAAGUAGCUCCCAUUGGGCUGAACUAAUAACGUAAUAUAGGAAGCCCAAACAUAAUGCAUAGUGAAUGAGGCGAUCCACUCAUAUAAAAUUAGUCUAAUAGCCAAGUAGGGGGAACCUAGUUGAUGAGUUUCUGCAAUUUGCAUAGAUAUUGUUGCUAAAUGUACAGAAAUGCUGAUACAGGAUUGAUACAAUGUUUCAGUGGAGGGAAAGGUAGGGUAAAAUGGUAAGAAAAGAAGCUGUUGAAACUAUGGUGCACCAUCUACUAGCUAAAGGUCCCACUGUGCCUUCGAGGGCAACCCUUACCCCAAAAUCCUAAUAACCCUGAGUCCCGCAACCCAAUCUGCAUAUCUGUUAACCACUUGAUUGGAACUACUCGUUAAAGGGAUGGCAGAAAUACUGCAGCUCCUGUCACUUUAGUCUGACCCCAGUUCACUGUUUGUUAAAGUGAGAUGUUUUUUGUUUGGUAUUGUAUCUUUUGAUAGUGGCUUAAUCAUGCAGUGUCCAUAAGCGGUCUCUGGGGAGGGGUGACCGUUAUCCCUACUGUCUGUGGACACAACAACAAACAAAUAAGUGAUAACGUGGUGCAGUACAAUUUAAAAGUGCAAGUAUCACUUUAAAAUAUAUAAGAAAUAUCUGUAAAAUGAUUAAUAUUGUGCCACAACCAUUUAAUACACAGGCAGCAAGUCCACAACAAAAUAAAAAAAAUGGUGUGCAGGGGGGGCGGAGCUUAGCCACGGAACUGAGCGGUCGCAUGUUCAGCGAGCUCCGGCAACAUCGAGACUAAAUUAACAUCAAAAACUGCUAUUACAGCCCUCACAGACAUAACAAUUGACGGCCAAGGCAGGGGGGCAAGGCUCUCACCUGACCGAUGCCCUUUGUAUACCGCCAGACGGGACGGAAAACACGCCGCACAACCAAGGCCUACUCAGACUACAGGGCCCUCGAAACGGCGCUCCACAACGCAGUCUUCUCUACUGCCUUACCGCCCACGGAGCACACAGCCACAAACCCGGCAAAUAUGGGACGAAAAUCCCAGCGGAUAGCAACAGGUGCGUGCAAAGAUACACAGGACAUUAGCACUAUGCUUCAGCGCACCGCGGUCCUGAAAAUGGCGGCCACGACCGACAUAGACACAAGCUCCACAUGCUCGGAGCUCAUCUUGGGGGACACACUAGAACAUCCGCCAUCCCAAGGUGCACAAGCUGACCCUGAUGCACUGACACCAGCCACAAAAUUAGACAUUAAAAACCUCCUAAAGGAGCUAAAACAAAUGUCUGCGGCAGACAUGGCUUUAAUGAAAACGGAGGUCCAAGUGGUCACAGACCAAGUGAAGACCACAGAAGAGGACAUCAUAGAGGGCCAAAAUGAAGUGAGGGGUCUAAAAGAAACAGUGUCCCAUUUAAAAGCCUCACAAGCAAACUUGAUCAACAAGCUGGAUGCAGUAGAAGAGAGAAGCCGCAAAAUCAAUGUCAAAAUUAGGGGUAUCCCCGAAGAAAUAAGUCAGGCAGAGCUGCCACACUACAUCAGACGCCUGGUCGCCACCAUAUUACCCCAUGCACAUGCCAAAAAAUUUAUUAUUGCAGGGCUAUUCCGCAUCCGUAAAUCACCACAGGCACCCCCCCACGCAACCAAGGAUGUAAUCGUCCGGUGCCAUACCCAAACAGACAGAAAUGCCAUCUUCGCUGCCUUAAAAGGCAAAACGCCACUGGACUUUGAAUCCACGAGUCUUACCUUUUAUAAGGACCUGACCAGAUCCACACUCCAAUGGUGAAGAACCCUGCGCCCCAUGACCCAACGCCUUCAAGACGCCAAAGUGACGUACCGCUGGACAGCACCCAAAACACUCUCGGUGGACCACAACGGCACCACUCUACACCUCAAUUCCACUCAAGAGGUGGACUCUUUCCUCAGGGCACUGGGGCUCCCACUAGGAACUGACCACACAGAAGAGCCAGCCAGCUCCCAUACAUGGGACCCCACCAGGACUGUCCCAUUUGUUCCAAGGGGGAGAGGAGCCUCUGAGGCAGCCACCUGACACCAUUGACUUCCUUCCAGCCCACAGGCACAUCCCACCGAUGAUGCCAUUAUUGUUCUAAUUUUGUUUUAUUUAGGUUUUAAACAAUUUUUAACGAUGUUCUGUUUUUCGAUUAGGCGCCACGGAGUAUCCCCCCCCGGUCUCUGACCACAUGACUCCACACGAGUAUCAAAGAAACAUAUAGGGCAACCCAAGGACAGGGCUUCUUACGCCCACACCAAACGCGCCAGAACCUGGGGCCCUAGACAAAGUCUCACUGACCAGAAGUGGGACAUAUUUCCCCAUCGCCAUAGCUAACACUAAAAACCACUUACACGGAAUGAGGAAUAGUUGUUCAGAACCCUAGUCACACGCGGGAUGUACAGAGUAUAGUAAACAUAUACAACUUCCUCCACCAGGCAAGUGAUUAUGGCGAUCUAGCGGUAACCCUAGAUAGAAAGUGGUAACGUAAGAACCUAAUUUGAAAAAACUGUGCAAAGUAUUUCAAUGCCAAAUGUAUAUGUAUGUUUCAUGUUUUGAAGCCUGAGACAGCUGCCGCGGCAUCUCAAGCGACUAUGUUUAAGCAAAUGCGCAACAAAAAAAAAAAAAAAAAAUGGUGUGCAAAAACAAUAAUUUCAAUAAAAAUAUCAAUAAGAGUAUCAAAGAAAAGUCAUAUUCCCUCCUACGUAUGCAACAGUGUAUCAACAAUAUGUAUCAUGCAUGUAGAUGUUAUUUUAACAAAUAUGUGAGAACAAUCUGUGUAAAAGUGAAUCACUAACAAAGUGCAAUAAAUAAUCCUUUACAAUUUAAAUAACCACAAAUUCUCUGUGCAACGUGUAAAAAAUUUUUGCUUAGUAUCACAAACAAAAGUCCUAAGAACCAUGCACUUUGUAAUGAUGCAAAGGACUUACAGUAAUUUGACUGAUCCUUUAAAUAAAUCUUUUCUGAAGAGUUAAAUUAAAUUUGUUGUAUUGCUUUCACUUUAGAAAAUGUAUUUUCCAUUCCUUUUUUUUAUUAGGAUUCACGAAGAACCCUUCCCCAGGCUGGGGCCCCGUGGAGCUUGUCGCUGUGAUUGCAGUCCCUGUGUUUCUCCUUUGUGUUGUUCUGAUUGUGGUGGUCUUGUUCCAUUGUCACCAGCGGGUCUAUCAUAAUCGCCAGAGACUUGAUUUGGAGGAUCCAUCAUGUGAGAUGUACCUGGCGAAAGAUAAAACUCUCCCAGACUUGGUCUACGAUCUGUCCACAUCUGGUUCUGGCUCAGGUAAACAAUUUAAUGGUGGUUUAAUUUUUUUUUUUUUUUCAUCAUCACCUGCUGCUUCUAAGUUUACUAUUUACUUGAUUGGCCUGAGAAUACAAUACAGCAUUUUCUAUUAUCUAUCUAUUUUCUAAAGAAUUUACUGGCCAUUUUGGAACAAGGAACAAGAAUUUUUGUUGUGCAGUGGUAACCAAGGUGUCUUGGCUCUUUUGCCGUAUUUUUAUUCAAACUUAAUUUAAUACUCUGUAUAAGCGCACCAAUAUAUAUUUUAUAUUUACAGAUUAUGCAAGGAUGAAAUUAAGUUCUUAAAGAUUUAAAAAAUUCAGUAUGCUACUCGUCCUUAUAUUGAACAUUUGUAUUUUUGAGAUGUGAAAAAUAAAAUUACACGUAGAAGUCAAUUCUGCAACUUAGUGCCUCCAUCUAAAUAAUGUUUAUAUUUCUCAUCUUCAUUUGUUGCGUUGCUUUGUCUGAACUGGAUUAUAUGACUUUUUCGAAAUAUUUAAUAUGGAUUUCAAAGAAAAUGGAGCGUGUCAUGUAAAAUAAAAGGUUAACACAUGGUGUAGGUGAUUUUCAAUGUUUUAUAAGGGGGUGUAAAUUAAAGAGUAGUGAUCAUUUAACAAUUUUUUUUAUCAUAUUUAUAAUUUAUGUAGUUUACAAACACGGCAAAGAAAAUACUACGCAUGUAAUGUACAUUAAUUUGGUUGAUAUCCGAGAUCCAUAAUCCACGGAUUCAUAAAUGUGUAUUCACAGUGUAUCGUCAUCUCCGCUUGUACUAUUAAAAUAUAUUUUUAAAAAUUCAAUUAGAAGAAAGCUAACACCAGGAAGCACCGGUCACAUGAUCCGGUUGGUAAGGAAGAAGAAGAGGGAAAGAAAAAAAACUUUUUCUUCCCUCUCAUAUAGUGGCAGUACUGUACAAGUAGCAUGUAACUCCAGCUGUGGACAAGAAGCUCCCCCGGAACCGGGUCGGACAAGGCUCCUCCAAGCUCUACAAGACCAGGCAAAGAUUGGUGUGGUCAGCACAGGCUGUUGACCGGCAGGUGGGAGCUGAGCAGCAGAGACUUCCGUUCCAAUGCGUUCUGGAACGCGACUGGAAGCUGGCUUAUGUGGCCACAUCCUGAGUGGUCCAAGGCGGACAUCCCACCUUACAGUACUUACGUACAACAGGAUGGCAUUGCAUUCCACUGAACAUCCGAUCACGCUACUGCGCAUGCGCAAAACAGAAGUGUCUUAAUUUGUUGCUAAAUUCAAAAAGUUUUUAGCUAUAAAUGCUGUGCAGGACUUGUCUGUCCCUAAGGGUGGGUGCCAGUACUGGAUCUCUGUGUCACCAGCCCUUCUACAUGAUGGUGAGGUUUUUGAGGUGAGAAUUUAAUUUAAAUCUCCCUUGAAAACUUACACUUGUUUGCAUACCUUCUAAUUCCAGUAUUCUUCUUGCAUCUACAGAAUAUGUCCAGUCUAUAAUUCACCAGAUAAAGCUGAAAAAAAUAAGAUGUCAGCUCUUAUCCCUAAAAAGUCCACGAGCAAAUCAAAGCACUUGUGUUGUUUAGAAUGUGCGGCCCCUCUGCCUGGCGGAUGUCGUUAGAAAACCUGUAAUCCAUGCUCGAUGGAAUUGCUGGAAAGAUCCAAGCAAAAAGAAAUGUCCUCAUUCCUGUGCUGGUUUCAUGAUUUAUCACAGACCUUCGAGUUAUUUAAAGAUACCCUUAAAAAAGACAGUGGGUAUGUGACUAUUCAGGACAAACAGACAAAAAACAAAAAAAAGAGAGAAAGAUCCCCAUCCCUGUCUGAGCUCGCAUCAGGUGGAUGUUCAUCUUCUUCCCUUUCUGAGGUUUCCAGUCUGGCUUUAAGUGUGGAUGAAGGAUUUCCACCAGAAGAGAAAAAAAAAAAAAAAAAAAGAGUUUCUCAGGGAAGUAUCGACAGUUCUUCAGGAAACUGAACCUACCAGGGGUAAGGUUAAAGGUUUUCCUAUGCACCCAAGGGUUAUAGAACUCCUACAGAGAGAGUGGAGGUACUUUUAUUUCUAAGCACUUCAAAAUACUAUUUAAGCUACAGACUGAGGAAAAAUGGGAAGACCUUCCAAAAGUAGAUAUCCAAGUGGCGCAAUUAUCAAAGAAAGCCACAAUCCCUAUUGGUGAGGUUUCUGGUUUAAAAGAUCCCAUGGACAAGUGGGCCGAAACUUCUAGCAGAGGAGUAUUUCAUGCUGCAGGUUACCAAUGCAAAGCUGGAAUCUCCUGAUUCAGCAGUGCCUAAAGGAUCACUAUAGGGUCAGGAACACAAACUUGUAUUCCUGACCCUAUAGCGCUAAACCCACCACUUCCCCCCCAUUUACCCCCUUACAAAAGUUUCAAACUCACCUUAUUUCCAGCGCAGCAUGGGCCCACCAGCGCUGGCUCCGCCCCCUUUGUGACAUCACCAAAAGAGCAGAUUUUUAGCCAAUUUAAUGCUUUCCCAUGGGGAAAGGAUUGGAUUGGCUAAAAUCGGCACGGGGCGGGGACAAAUGCCGUUUUGGCCAAUCAUACUGACUUAUGAAACCCGUGGUGUUCCUGUCAGAUUUCCAUUGAAGGCGAGGGCAAUGGCAACUUCCUGGGCAGAAAGAUCUGCAGCUUCUCCAGAAGACAUCUGUAAGGCGGCUACUUGGUCUUCAUUCCACACCUUUUAUAGAGCAUUAUAGGCUGGACAUAUUUUCAUCCUCUGAAGCUGCUUUUGGGCGGAAGGUGCUCCAGGCAGUGACCUUCUAAUUUUCCACUUUUUUUUUUUUUUUUGCAGGGAUCUUGCUAUUUCCCACUUGUACAGUACUGCCACUAUAUGAGAGGAAAACAGUAAUUUUACUUACUGUAAAUUCCUUUUUCCUUAGUAUAGUGGCAGUACUUUUUGUAUGGAUUAAAUUAAUUAUGCAGUCUAUGGUCUCCAUUUGGUUCUUUUUAUAACUGGUCUUUCCUUGGAGGUACAGGGUUGAUAUGGGCAGCAGGCCCUCUCUUAAAAUAUAAGGUCUAUCUUAAAAUAUUCAAACUCGAGGGGGAGCUUCUUGUCCACAGCAGGAGUUACAUCCCACUUGUACAGUACUGCCACUAUACUAAGGGAAAAGGCAUUUACGGUAAGUAAAAUUACUGGGUGUUUUUUGGGUUGGUUGUGUUUUUUUUUUUUUUUUUGUGGAAGGUAGGGGAUAUAAGGGACACAAGGUGGUAUUGAGGGGAAAGGAGGAGGGAGGAUGGUGCUGUCUCCUGGGCCUCUGGCACAUUAUUUGAAUGAUGCUAUAGUAUAAGCAAUUGUCAAUCAAUGCCAGACUUGUGUGGCUGGUGUCACUAUUAAACAAAAUCUGUUUUUAAACUGAUCAGCCGUAUGUUUUAAGUGGCAGGUGGGCUUACAUCAAAUGGCCAUUGGAGUGGAACUAAAAACCUCCAUUUAUAUAAAUAUGCCCUGAGAUUUGGAAUAGUGAGCAAGUAACUUUUUUUCUUUGGUUUUAUUGUAUGUUUUAAGUACCGGUAAGUAUCCAUACUUCCACAGUGUGCAGAAUGGGUAAAAAAAAAAAAAACAACAAAAAACAGCAACAGCUAGACCUUUUCUGUUUGCUUUAGAAUGCCCCAUUGAGAGGGGGUAAGUCUGGUUGGGAAUCAGGAGAGUCCUGCUGUGUUGUCAUCACAGAGGAUAUGUAGGAUUUCCAUCCAGCUCAUCAAGAGGUGUGCUUUUAUUUGUCCUUGGGAUAUGGUGAUCAGCUGUUCCAUUGAGUGUACAUGUUCUAUCAUGGCGAACCAUUCUUUCACAGUGGGCAAUGCAUUAAUUUUCCAAUGGCAGGGUAACUGGGAGACGGUGGCUUUAAGUAAACAAAUGGUUAGAGAGUUUUUGUAAAAACCAAGAGUUUGUUCCUUAUGAUGUAAUAGUAACACUUCUGGCUUAAAAUUGGGGAUCGUCAACUACAGACACUAUAACUGAGUGUAUUUCUUACCAAUAAGGAGUUAUCAAGGGGCAUUGUCACCAAAUGUGCAGAUAUAUCCCCUUGUGCUGCUGGCAUCUCUAGCCUUUAAGGCAUUCUAUUGGUACAUAAGUCCCUAUGGAUAUUGGAGUCCUAUACAUGCGGGUUAAUACUUUGUAUGCUGUCUUCUCAAUGCAGGAGGAGAUUGAGUAGACUUGUAGGAUGUACAUAAUGUUUGUUGCCAUUGUUUAUCAUGGAAUUGGAAGUUCAAUUCUUACUCCCAUGUGUCUCGAUAGGUCAGUGAGUUACGUGAUACACAUGACAAAAGCAAAGAGUAGAUAGGUUUCUGUGCUUGGCAAAGGUUCUCAAAUGGAGUCAGUGGGCUAUCAGGUUGUACAUCUUUAAGGGAAUCGCAUACAUCUUUAUGGAAUCUGAGUAAAAAAGGGUAUUGUGUUAUCACCAGCUGCCAUAGUUAAUUUGUUCUUUGUUUUUCUUCAUGGGAAGUUCACAUACCUCAUGUCUCACUACUUUAAGGACCCAUGUGUGUUCCUUUUAUAGGGUCAAAUACGGUAUGCCAUCAUUUUGACAUGCCUCUUUGCUUACUUGCUAGUUUUUACCUGAACGCUACCCCUAGACCUAAUGUAGAAUUAUAACCCUUCCCAGUUUGAUGGGCUGCAACAAUUGCUUCUCUAAGAUUAUUGCUUAUGUCUUUCCUCCUUGGCAUUGUGUUAAUGCACAUCUGAAUGCUCUAGACCAGAUAUCUGCUAAAACUCCAGCUUUUGUAGAGGUGGUCACACUUGCUGAUGAUCAACUAAUCAAGGGCCUAUGAUUACCAAUAUCUGUCUGCUGCUUAAGACAUAUGGAAGCAGUAAGCAAGUACUUAAAUUUAAACACAUGGCUCUCCGUUUUGGCUUUUUUUGUUACACAAAUCAUGACACGGUGUAAUGUCAUGUGUUGUUGUUCAUCUGAGAUUGUAUUUACCAAAUGUUAAGACCUGCUAAGGAACAGAUGACUGUUAUGUCCUGAUAUGUAAAACCAUUGAAUUCAAAGAGGGUGUAUUUCCUUUUUCCUCGUGUGUGUGUAUGUAUGUAUGUAUGUAUAUAUAUAAUGUGUGUGUGUGUAUAUAUAUAUAUAUAUAUAUAUAUAUAUAUAUAUAUAUGUAUAUGUGUGUGUGUAUAUAUAUAUAUACAUAUAUAUUAUAUUAAUAAUACAGCAAACACAUUACAUACAGGCAGAGCACACACGCUGCAUAUCGGCAGUGCACACUAUAUAAAAAUAUUUUUAUUAUUCCUAUUUCUGCAAGAUCCCUAACAUGCAUUUAAAAUUCUAUUGUCUUAAUAUAAAUUUUUAGGUAUGUGAGUUUUGAUGAGUUACUUUUCAUCCAUUGCUGCGCUGGUCUCUGUCCAGUCUCCAAGAUUGAUGACCAUUGUUUCCUCAUUGGGAGGCUAGUGAGCAUGCGCAGCCCCAAACAAGUACUCUCUAGUAAAAUCUUGAUUUAUAGCAUGGUAGAACUCUGUAGCUUCAGAAGCUUCCCUAGUGCCUGCCGGAAAGCGCCACUAUAUAUGUGUUAACCCUGCAAUUUAAACAUUGCAGUUCCUACAAAUUCUACAUUUUCAAAAAUGCAGGGUUAGAACUACUGGAUAUCUAUUAGUGACCUAUCAAAGAAGCAAAGUACUUAAAUAAAAAGGUUUAUCGAUAUCUUGCAGUGGUAAAUAAUUUCUCUUAUUUUUCCUUUUUCAGGUCUUCCACUUUUCGUGCAAAGAACAGUGGCAAGAACAAUUGUCCUGCAGGAAAUCAUUGGGAAAGGACGUUUUGGGGAAGUAUGGCGUGGCAAGUGGCGUGGAGGAGAUGUAGCAGUUAAAAUAUUUUCUUCCAGGGAAGAACGGUCAUGGUUCAGAGAAGCCGAAAUCUACCAGACGGUGAUGCUGCGGCAUGAGAACAUACUUGGAUUUAUUGCUGCAGAUAACAAAGGUGUGUGUUUUUUUACUACUUAUCAGGAAUUCUAAAUUUGAAAAAAAUAGUUGAUGCUUUUUGUAGACCCACAUAACAUGUGUUUGCCUUGAAUUUGUUGGUUCAUGUUAGCAGAGCAAUCCCACUAUUCUUAGUUUCUCUUUUGGUGUAUUGCUUAACAAUACUGGAUAAUUUACUUAUAUUAUUUGUUUCAAACUGACUUUAGGUACAGUCUCAUCCGAGUUUCUUUGUCACUUGUCUCUGAGUCCCAUUUGAACACAUAGGACUUAACACUGGAUAGUACUUAAUGAACUUAAACUACAGAGUUUUUGAAUUUGUUAAAAUUUGUUUUGUGUAUGUAAAAGUGCAUAUCCUCCAUCAAAACAAUGUAAUAAAGGAACAAUUACUUAAAGAGCGUGUAUAAAGCCUUUAGUGAUGAAAAUGUUUGAGAAACUAGCCUUAUAGAUGUUUAGUUUAUUUGUUUGUUUUUUUUCCGUCUUGUUUUUGGCAGACAAUGGAACCUGGACACAGCUGUGGCUUGUUUCAGACUAUCACGAACAUGGGUCGCUGUUUGAUUAUCUAAAUCGAUAUACGGUUACUAUUGAAGGGAUGAUUAAACUUUCUCUAUCCGCUGCCAGUGGGCUUGCUCACCUGCACAUGGAGAUUGUUGGAACUCAGGGUAAGGCCUAGACAUAAGAUCUAUCUAGAUACUAGGUAGUGUUUGUGUAUAGAUAUGGACAGAGGGACGGCGAUUCAAAAUAAAAAGAUAUAAAUUUAUGCCCUACGUAUUUGCUGGUAUAGAGUGUGUAUAUGUAAUACUAAUCUCUCUUUAAUGUCUUCUGUUUUGGUUCUUGACUUUUGAGUGUGUGUGUGUGUGUGUGCACUGUAUGGACAAGUAUUGGGACACCUGACCAUUACACCAACAAGGACUUGUAUGACAUUGCCUUCUAAAUACAUAGUUAUUAAUAUAUAGUUGGUCCCUCUUUUGCAGCAACAACAGCUUCCACUCUUCUGCGAAGGCUUUCCAAAAGUUUUUGAAGUGGGAACUUUUGCCCAUUAUUCCAGUAGAGCAUUUGUUCAGUCAGGCACUGAUGUUGAGGCCUGGCUCAGAAUCUCAGUUCCAGUUCUUCCUAAAGGUGUUUAGUGAGGUUGAGGUCAUGGCUUUGUGCAAACCAGUCAAGUUCUUCCUCACCAAACACAUCCAACCAUGUCCUCAUGGACCUUGCUUUGUGCACUGGGACACAGUCAUGCUGGAAUAGAAAAGGGCCUUUCCCCAAACAGUUUCCACAAAGUUGAAGCAUUGCGAUAUCCAAAAUGUCUUGGUAUGCUGAAGCAUUAAGACUUUCCUUCACUGGAAGUGUGAAGCCUAGCCCAUUCCAUAAAAAUAAGCUCCAUACCAUUAUCCCUCGUCCACCAAACUUUACAGUUGGCACUUGCAGUCAGGCAGGUAACGUUCUCCUGGCAUCCUCCAAACCUAGGCUCACCCAUCAGACUGCAAACCUGAACAUUGUGAUUAAUCACUACAGAACACCUUUCCACUGCUCCCGGUUCCAGUGGCGGUGUGGUUUACACCACUCAAUCUGAAGUUUGGCAUUGUAAUUGUACUUGGUGAUGUGAGGCUUGCAUGUAGCUGCUUGACUAUGAAAACCCAUUACAUUAAGCUCCCUCCACACAGAUUUUGUGCGAAUGCCAGUAGCAGUUUGGAACUCUAUUUAUAAAACUUUCCCCCCAAAAAUAUAGCUUUAUGUAACUUUUUCCCCUCUUCUUGUAUAUACUUUUAUUUACUUUUAUGGUGCAUUUUUUUCUUACAGGAAAGCCUGGUAUAGCUCACAGGGACCUAAAGUCCAAAAAUAUUCUGGUCAAAAAGAAUGGCAUGUGUGCAAUUGCAGACUUGGGCCUUGCGGUUCGUCACGAUUCCCUCACCGAUACUAUAGACAUUGCUCCAAACCAGAGAGUUGGGACCAAAAGGUUGGUUAAAAUAUGUCUGCCAUUUUCGCCUAUUUAAUAUUGAGAAAAUCUGUCUAUGGUUGACCUUCUCUUCUGCAAAAGUACAUAUUGUCACCAAGCUUUAUUUCUCCUCUGUACAGUGCCUGAUAUACUGUAACUUUUUAUUUUACUUGGCCUUCCAUACCACUCCUUAGUAAUGCUUUAUCAAAUCUAAAGUGCUGCCGCCCAUAUACUCCUAAAUAUGCUCAACCCCUUCUUUAAAUCACCAAGUAUCUUACUCUUGUACAAAUCUCUCUAAAAACUUGUUCCUCACUUAUUUCUAGCUACACUAAUGGUCUGCUCCCUCAACUCCAUCUCUAUUAUCCAGCCAGAUGUCUUGCUUUUUACAAACUUUGUUUUCUUUCUAUACCAAUCCUUUCCUUCUGCAUACUUAUUGUUUUCUAUUUUCUACAUAUUCACUUUAAAGUCCAUUGUAAAGAAUUACUUUUUAUUUUCCAUUUUCAAGAUACUUACUGUAUAAUUGUAAAGCAGCAUUCUUUGUAGUGGUAUUAUGCAAACAUUUCUGUUAGUUUUACAAGUGUAUUUCCCUCCCACAAUAUCACCUUAAUGCAGGUUUUCCCUAUAGGUUUUUUAUUAUUUAUUUAUUUUUUGCUUUGUACCAUGAAGGAGGUUAAAGCCCAAGUUCUCGGUUCUCUUUUCUGUUUGUAUCAUUGUGUCUUAUUAUAUAUCCCCCUGUCUGUAUAGUGACUAAUGUUCUUUUUGCAUAAAUUGUAAAGUUCUCUGGAAUAGUAAAAGACACAUAAUAGUGCAAUAUUGUCUGAAUCUCCUAUAGAUAUAGAGAAAUAUGUGGAAAUAAACUCACAAAGCGAGAGCCUAUAAAGUAAGGCUCAAUCUUCCAGCAUUGUGGGAUUUAGGUUCCCACUCCCUUCUUUAUACUGCCAGGAGGUGAUGAAUAAUGGGAUGUCCACUCACAGGUAAGUAUAAAUGAUGAAAAAGUGCUUUAUUGAUAAAGUGCACAAAUGAAAUAUAAAAACAAAAACCUUACAGUUGAAGGUAAUCUUGAAGAGAGAGUCUCUGGUAGCAAAACGCGUUUCGCCUCAUAUAGAGGCUUCCUCAGUUGCUGUGGGUGCUUGCUGUGAGUGUUCUUUGUUUAUAGUUGAAAUUCGCGCCAUUUUUUUCCUUAAUUGUCUGAUCGCGGCAUUUUACUUGCGCGUUCCAACAGUGGAACGCAUUGAUUCACUGAUUUCCGGUUUCGGCAUUUGCGUUCCAACGGUGAAACGCAUGUGUUUCAAUUCCGGUUUUCGUGUGUAAGGACAUGUCUCUGUGUUCUAUGAUGAGUAGUUCUUUGAUAAAAGUUCGUUUUUGCAUUCAAAAUGAUUGUUAUAUAUAAUAGAAUUCUCACAGGACAAAAAUGAGAAGGAAAAUAAAUAUAAGUAAAGCAGAUACAUUUUACCAAUAUGAAUGAAUAUAGUGAAGAGAAGUAAUCCUAUUGCAAACAAGAAGUGUGAAGUAUAAAAUGGAUAUAGUGAAGAGGGGUAAUCCUAUAUAAGCAAAGGAAUUUUUUUAAAAGGGUAUUUUAUAUAUAAAAUCUUUAUAAAUCUUAUAUGCUGAUAAAAAGGGAAACUAAGAAUAGUAAAAUAUAAAUAGAAAUUAUAAAUACUGAUAAAAAAGAAGAAAUAAAAUAGAAUAAAAUAAAAACUGCCCCUAAAAUUAACUAAAGGAAUCCUAUAUGUAAAAAACAUAUUUAAAACAUAUUUAAAGGUGUCAAACCUCAAAAUGUGAAUUUAGACCAUAAGGAAUAAGUGUUUUAAAAGUGUAUAUAAAUUUCAUUUCUUCUUUCCCUAAUGUUUUUAUGUAAUUACCCCCUCUCCAAUCCCAUUUCACUUCCUUAAUUGCACAGAAAAAUAAAUUCUCUGGGUUUUGGUUAUGGGUAUCUUUAAAAUGUUGUGAUACACUAUGGGUUUCCAAGCCGUUUUUAAUAUUGCGAAUAUGCUCAGCAAUUCUCACUUUCAGACCUUUAAAAGUGAGAAUUGCUGAGCAUAUUCGCAAUAUUAAAAAUGGCUUGGAAACCCAUAGUGUAUCACAACAUUUUAAAGAUACCCAUAACCAAAACCCAGAGAAUUUAUUUUUCUGUGCAAUUAAGGAAGUGAAACGGGAUUGGAGAAGGGGUAAUUACAUAAAAACAUUAGGGAAAGAAGAAAUGAAAUUUAUAUACACUUAUUCCUUAUGGUCUAAAUUCACAUUUUGAGGUUUGACACCUUUAAAUAUGUUUUAAAUAUGUUUUUUACAUAUAGGAUUCCUUUAGUUAAUUUUAGGGGCAGUUUUUAUUUUUAUUUUAUUUUAUUUCUUCUUUUUUAUCAGUAUUUAUAAUUUCUAUUUAUAUUUUACUAUUCUUAGUUUCCCUUUUUAUCAGCAUAUAAGAUUUAUAAAGAUUUUAUAUAUAAAAUACCCUUUUAAAAAAAUUCCUUUGCUUAUAUAGGAUUACCCCUCUUCACUAUAUCCAUUUUAUACUUCACACUUCUUGUUUGCAAUAGGAUUACUUCUCUUCACUAUAUUCAUUCAUAUUGGUAAAAUGUAUCUGCUUUACUUAUAUUUAUUUUCCUUCUCAUUUUUGUCCUGUGAGAAUUCUAUUAUAUAUAACAAUCAUUUUGAAUGCAAAAACGAACUUUUAUCAAGGAACUACUCAUUAUAGAACACAGAGACAUGUCCUUACACACGAAAACCGGAAUUGAAACACAUGCGUUCCACCGUUGGAACGCAAAUGCCGAAACCGGAAAUCAGUGAAUCAAUGCGUUCCACUGUUGGAACGCGGAAGUAAAAUGCCGCGAUCAGACAAUUAAGGAAAAAAAUGGCGCGAAUUUCAACUAUAAACAAAGAACACUCACAGCAAGCACCCACAGCAACUGAGGAAGCCUCUAUAUGAGGCGAAACGCGUUUUGCUACCAGAGACUCUCUCCAAGAUUACCUUCAACUGUAAGGUUUUUGUUUUUAUAUUUCAUUUGUGCACUUUAUCAAUAAAGCACUUUUUCAGCAUUUAUACUUACCUGUGAGAGGACAUCCCAUUAUUCAUCACCUCCUGGCAGUAUAAAGAAGGGAGUGGGAACCUAAAUCCCACAAUGCUGGAAGAUUGAGCCUUACUUUAUAGGCUCUCGCUUUGUGAGUUUAUUUCCACAUAUUUCUCUAUAUCUAUAGGAGAUUCAGACAAUAUUGCACUAUUAUGUGUCUUUUUCUAUCUUAUCUCUAGGUCAUUGUAAUAUUUACUUUAAACAAGAAGACACUCCACCUUAUAUUGUAUGUAUAUUCUGUUUGUUGUGAGGGCGAAGGGUACUCACUAAGGUGUUUGAGAAUCUCUUGGUUUAUUUUUAUAUAAGUGUGUUCCACUGACAAUACCGUAUUUCUUUGUAUUUCUCUGGAAUAGUGUUUUAUAAGAACUUAAGAAUAAUGAAGGCAAGUAAGAAGGCAUGAUGGCCUCUGUGGCAGCGCAUAUCAAAGCAACUACAGAGACUCCAGUUCUUGCCAUGUUAGUUUUAAGCGUUUAUGUGCAGACGGUACAGAUCCAGUCCAUUAGUAUGAAUACUGACAGAUGCUAGUUUCCUGCCAUAGAUUAAGUUUUAAUUUGUAAAGAUCUAAAUAGUGAUAAAACAAAAUAUAAGCUUGUGGUCCACAUGUUGCAUAAUAUUCACUUGUGGAACAAACCUUUUGAAGAUUAUAACAUUUUGGAUAAAUACCACUUUUACCCCACUUGUCUCCUGUGUUUGUAUGACUAACACUGCCCCCUUUUUGUACAUCAUUUCUGAAUUCAGCUUGUGUGGAUCUGUGUUUUAUUUGCACUGCAGUGGUAGCUUGCCAGCUCACCUAUUAUAGGUGAUACCUUCUACCUUUUUAAAGCACCAUAACAAGUCUACAACUUGUCAUGGUAUGGUGCCUUCAAAGUUCUCUGUAGGGCAAAAUAGAAGAAGGAGAAUUACAUAUUGUAUUCGAAUAAUCUAAAAAAAUAAAUAUAUGUAUAUUAAACGUUUUUUCUCUUUGCAACACAUAGGUACAUGGCUCCUGAAGUAUUAGAUGAGACCAUCAACAUGAAACACUUUGACUCCUUUAAGUGUGCUGACAUUUAUGCUCUUGGCUUGGUUUACUGGGAAAUAGCUCGUAGAUGCAGUGCUGGAGGUAAGCUUGUUUACAAUGCUUCAGCAGCCAAGGGUUACCUUUGAUUAAUGGCAUUCUCACUGCUAAUGCAAGUAUGUGUAUUUAGAGUAAACAGAUCUCUAGCUAUGCAUUACAUUGACAACUAUCAAUUAUUAUUUUGAUGAAUCUAAAAUCUAUGGUAGUAAAUACAUGGAUUAUAGAAAUAUUAGUCAGUAUAAACACGACACUGAACUGAAUUAGUUUUGUUGCUUUAAGGGUACCUUUAAUACAGAGCCAGAUUGGUGAUAUGAAAGCAUACAACCUUAAUGCUGUGCGGUCUGAGAGAGAUCCUCCACUGCCCUAAUACAAAAAGUAAUAAUUACUAUUUAGUACAUAUACCCUCAAUGAAAAUAUUUAAUUAUGUUUUUUUUUUUUUCAUUGGUGGUAUAUCUAGAAACGGCUUACAUAAAGCUGCAUAUCUCUUGUCUGAAGCCUUUGCAAGCCCUCCCCUUCUAACAAUGCCCAGACUUUAUGUGGCUGUCCAAUCACAGACUUCCCAAUGCAGCUCAAUGACCUGUCUUUGCAAGGCAGUUGCUUUGGGCAGUUGUUGCUUCUUGAGUUUUAGCUUUACUGAGCUGCAUAAACAAGGAUGUUACAGGACCGGUUGUCUGACUGCAUGGGGAUUUAACAAGGUUAAUUUGUAAAAGUUCCAAUUUCUAUUGAAAUCUACAUUUUUAUUUUUAAUUUUGCUUUUGUGAAAUAAGGUGUUUGGAGUGUUCCUAUAAGCUGACUUUUAGUGUCCUUCUAGAGCUAUCUUUCUGAAAGACAUGACCUGUCAAUAAAUCAAACUUGAAUUUAAAGAAUAAGUCUGCAAAACACCCUGUGCUGGCAGUGCAGCAAUCUAGUGUAUGGGUUAAUGGUAUAGUUUUCUCCUUUUAGCCCUAUAUCUGUGGGAACACUGCUUUUUUGGUAGCUAACUUGUCUACCUACAUACUGCUGGUUUAGUGGUAUUCAGUAACAUUUAAUGUUUAACAAGUUCAAAAUAAUGCAAAAACUGAUGCAGAAUCGGGUAAUUCAGUAAUUGCCGAAACUCAUCUAAACCAAACAGACUGGUUUUACAAACGGUCAGACAUCAUAAGGUACCCUUUAAAAGUUACCACAUUUACAGACAGAGGGUGUUGAAUAAAUUAAUGGAAAAUAAAUGCAAAUAUUGGCCUUUAACAGUUACUAUAACUUUUAAAAUGUCAUCCGAAUUGUGUAUGAAGCAAAAUUCUGAUAUUGGUGUUUGUUUAGUCUAUUAUUGUAUAUUAAAGGUUUAUGUAUAUGGUUGUAGGUUCCUGUCCUAUAUUAAAGGUAGAGAUGAGUUUCUCUUACUCUGCCUUCCUCAACCCCUCCCUCCGCCCCCCAACACACACAAUUCACUUAAUUAUUUUAUUUUUUUAAUCAAAACUUGAUGAAUGGAUUAUUAUAUUAAAGAAAAAUAAAAGUAGUUUAGAGGUGACAGUUGUCCUGUAAGCUGUUUCACCAGUACUGAGCUCUUGUUUACAGUGAUGUGUUGUUGUUUUUUUGUUUUGUUUUUUGUUUUUUUUAAUUGUAAUUUUGUUUUCUAGGCUUCCAUGAAGAAUACCAGCUUCCUUACUACGACCUUGUACCAUCAGAUCCAUCUAUUGAAGAAAUGAGAAAAGUUGUGUGUGACCAGAAGCUGCGGCCUAACAUACCCAAUUGGUGGCAGAGUUAUGAGGUAAAACAAACAGGGUUUUAAAAACUGCAGACUCGGUACUGAAAAUACAACUUUAAGGAUAUUUUUUUGCUCUAAGAAACCCCAAGGUGCAGAAUGUAAAAUGCUUCUAUCUGUGGAGAGGACUAAUCAGAACAUACUGUGUUUCAAUAACCUAAAACUACCUUGUCUUAGUUUGACAUAGUCUUAUAGAAAAGAAAAAAUGUAUCCAUACUUGCCUUAAUUCUUUAUUGCUUCUCAUAGUUCAAGGCAGUACAAUUAAAGCACUGUUACUGAUAUGCCCUGGAAAUGAUAUCACUUCAGAUCAAGAAGCAACCUGAAUUGUAGUUUUCAUAUGCUGCCAUUCCUAAAUGUUAAUGUUAUUUUAAAAUUAAAGGGACAUUUUAAGCACCAAAACAACUUUAGCUUAAUGGAGCAUUUUUGGUGAAUAGAUCAUGUCUCUGUAGUCUCAUUGCUCAAUUCUCUGCUAUUUAUGAGUUAAAUCCCCUUUGUUUCUGUUCAUGCAGCCCUAGCCACACUUCCCCUGGAUAUGGUUCGCACAACCAUUUGAUUUUACAGCAGCACAGUGUGGUUUAUUGUAGAAGUUUUUAUCGCCUGCUCUCGAACUUUAAUCGCAUAGAAGAGGCUGUUGCAUGCUAUUAACUGACCUGGAGAUACAAAAUUCUAAAUUCAACACACUGUGCAAAUUUAAAAAUGUUAAGACUUAUUUUUCAGGAUGUGUGUUGGGAGGCUGUGUGAGUUACAGCCAAGGAAUGUGUGCACAGGGCUACAUAAAUUUUUUUUUAAUUUUUUUUUUUAAAAAGAGGUUUUUAAAGUGAUUUAAUUUCUAAAUGACAGAAUUGAACAGUGAGAUUUCAGGGGCAUGAUCGAUACCAUAAAGAGGCUUCAUUAAGAUAGCGUUGUUUUUUUUUUUUUUUUUUGACAAGCACCUUUAAAGAAUAUAAAUCACAAGUUCAUUACCUAAAUAUAAUGCUGUUGGGUUAUUUUUUUUUAUGUGUUUUUCAUAUAUCAAGCAGUUUGGGAUGGUACAGUGUUCCUAAUAUUAUACUGGGCGAAGUCUUUAUGCAUUUGCAACCAAUGAGGAUAUAUGUUUUAUAAUUUCAUGGUUUGUUUCCUGAACAGGCGCUUCGUGUGAUGGGGAAGAUGAUGAGAGAGUGCUGGUACUCUAAUGGGGCAGCACGGUUGACAGCUCUUCGCAUUAAAAAAACACUGUCACAGCUCAGCAUACAGGAAGACGUAAAGAUCUGAAAAUGCCAACAACGCCCCUGAGAAAAUGUGGAAAAUUCAUACAAGCUGCCAUGAUGUAGUACAUGAGUAUGAGGUCUACCUCAAAGUUUCUUCCCAGACAACUGCCAGUUGAACAAUGGGGGCCUCGUUGGCCAAAAUGGAAGAGAACAGCACACUACAAAUCAAUUUUAGGUUUGGGUCUGAAACGAAACCCUUUUUUUCUAUUUUCCUUCUAUUUUUCUUUUUCCUGUUUUCCUAAGAGCAUGAAGAUACAGAAUCAAAUUCAGGUGAUUGCCGCAUUGCCUGACUUUCGUUUUUUUAAAACGAAAUUCUCAUGGUGGCUCCCCUUUUAUGAGUGUAGGGUAAAUUCCACUUUAUUUUAGUUGUUCGUUCUAAAUAUUACUUCAGGGUAUUGCCCAGUGCACCAGACCAUGCUCAUUAACUUUACUUGUUCAGGUUUUAGUGAGCAAGCUGAGGCUUCUCUUGGACUUACCCUACUGAUAGACAAGGAGAACUCCCCUUUCAAAGGAUCAUGAAAUCGCACUCCAGCUUUGUACCUAGUGACACUGGAGGUUGAACGGAAAAUAUAAAAACACUGUCCUCGUAGACCCGCGUCCAUGCAUGUGCAAGGGUGUGUGUAGCUAUUUUUGACCUGUGUUUUGUAGAUGCACACGUGUACAUGUGAGCUUGUCUGCAUGCGCAAAUAUGAAGCUCCACUUUUUGAGGUGUCCAUGUGUAGGUCACCUUGGUGACACUUAUUGUAAAGUUUGCAUACAGGGCCACUUGUCAUCUAGGUUUUUGCAAGAACACAACUUUGAGCUUAUUUAAUCAUAACACCUACCAUCCGCUUUCCAGAAAGAGGAGAUCCGUGCUGGUGAAAUCUAUUGGCAAUAGAUAUCUUUCAAUAAUAGACCCUCAGCUUGCGCUGUCCGCGAGGAUGAGAAGCGAGGAGGACAACCUGCAAAAAUCCGUCAUCAUUUGUAAAUGAAUCUCAGGUGUCAAGCAUUUGCCAACAGCAGGGAUUUUAGAUGAUUGUGCUCAUUAAACAGACCGGCAUAGGGAAGGUCCGCUUCCUUCUAGCCUGCCUUCUGCAAGAUGUGGUCAUACUUAAAACGGGAAGCAGUGCUUGUAUUACUGUAUCUUAGGGGUGGAUAAUAUAACUCAUGGAAAGCCUGUGGUGGGCAUCCAUCUCAGGACACAGCAGAGGCAGGAGAGAAAAGCAGGGUUUGAGCGAUACAUCACAUUUUAAUACAGGAUCUUAGUUGAAUGGGAGAAUUAUUUUGGUUAAACAUCUACAGUACAAUAACUCUGAAGCCAUAACUUUUAACUGGAUUGGGUUAUUUUGUUGUGUUUUUUUUUUUUUUUUAAGUUUAAGGGGAAGAAUAGGGAUUUUAAUGUUUUUUAUUGAGUAUUUUAAUUCUUUGUAAAAAACAAAAACCUAAAAAAAACAGAUCUCUCUAUAUGAAUAUAUAUACACACAUUCAGAAGUAUAAAUAUUACCUCUCAGCCUAUUGUUUGUAUAGUAAUCACUACAAAAAAACCAAAUGCGCCAAGCUAUAUUUACACUGGAACUAUUUGUACUUGUACCUGGAAAUUUCUUCUAAAAGCUGGAAUGGAUCUGUACUUAUGUUACGUGUCACAUUUUUAUAAUGUCAUAUAAUCAUUGUCUGUUCUUCAGGUGUACACCAUUUUCUGUGUGUAUCCUUCAGGGGUUUUAGUGACGUGUCCAAAGUUCUAUAAAUAUAUAUAUAUAUUUGUUUUUUUUCUGCUUUCUGUGCAGAACUGUUAAUCUCCCAAAUGAUCUUGUCUGAGGUGCUUCUCUGCCUCACACAGCUCACUAGCAUACUUCAGUGAAGCUGGCUUGUGCAUUAAUGGGGUGUAUGUAAAAAGUUGUGAUUUAUCUUUUUUUAUUUUUUGAAAGUGGGAGGGAUUGGUGAACAAUGUCCGUCGAGCCGUUGUGUAUGUAUUCUGCAUUUUGUCGUUCUUACUCAAAUAUAGAAUUUCCUAAGCAACAUACUACAUACAUAUGCAACAUAUCAUCUUCCUAAGUUUUACUUGGCAAAAAUGGAUUCAAAACAUGUGAACUGUGUGACUGCUAUUGCAUACUGCGAUAUAUAUAUAUAUACUGUGGAAUCAUUUUGAUUGCACUGAUCUUGAUGCUAGCUUUAAGCCCAUCAAGGAAAAUGUAGACGGCUUUUACUGUCUGCAUCUGGUUUUUGUUAUUGCCGAAUAACACAUGCACAUUCCCAUCAGGAAUACUAAGCGUGCAUAAACCAGAAUAUUUAUAGUGAUACAUUUUGCUUGUCUUUGAACAAGGUUUUCCUUAUAUAGCCCAAAUUUGUCACUGGUUAGGUGGUUUAAUCCUUUCUUGAACAUUAACACAAGAGCCUGGGUAUGCCGACUACAAUAUAUUACACACCAUAUUCUCGCACAGUCUGUCUUUAAUAAAAAGACCCACAUGUUGUCAGGAUAGACAUAAAAAAAUCCUGACUGCUUUCUGACAUUCGUAGUCUUUGGGCCUCCACAUUAUGAGACCUUUACUUAACACCAUUGUUUAAUUGUUUUACUACAGACUUGCUGGAAUUGAGGCUCUAGUUCUGUAAUCAAGACAACUUAAUUUAUUCAAGCCUUCAUAUUGUGCCAACCCAUACCACGUUGGCCAGAUUUUAUUUAUGUAUAUAUUUUUUAUUUUAUUUUUUUCUCACCUCAAUAUGAAUUAUGAUUCUGUCUUGACCUGUUGGCCUUUUCAUUCUUUAUAUUUAAUUUUACAUUUUAUUUUUUUAACUGUACACCUUUUUUUUUAUUUAGCAUUCUGGUUUGCAUUUUGUUUUGCUGAUUUACGAAGUAAUGGAGAGAGAAUCAUUGGCCAACUUUGCCAAUUAAAUUGUUGUAGGCCGUAUAAAUUUUCAGUUUUCAUUAUUUGAUCCCUUUUAUUCAGUGCCUAAAAGGGAUUAGGGUUGUCCUUUAAGUCUUGUUUGAUAAAAGUAUGUUUUUUUGUUUGUUUGUUUGUUUUUUUUUUUUGUGCACAAACAGUGUCCUUAUUAUGCAGGUGGAUUUGAAAAGGCAUUUAUCUUACUGGGCAGUUUUCCAGGUAUCUUUAUGUAUUAUCCAUAAGAUACAUGCCCGAUUUUGAUCUGCAAGCAUUAUAAUAAUUAAAAUCGUCUAACUUGCAUACAUUAAGUAUGGGCUUAAUUUUUGUCACAAAACACAUUAAUUUGUAGAACAUAACCACUACAUUAAUUUAAAGUGUCAUAUCUUUUCUGUUUCUUUCUUAACAGGGUUAACCUAUUAAUGUUGAUCUCUGGGAUAAAAAAAACUGCAGUUUUUUUUUUUGUUCUCUUUUGAAAUUUUCCUUUUGGAAGAUUAUAUAUCUUUUGAUGCUGCAUUGUUUUGCUAAAGCAUUAUUUGGUGGAAACUUGGCCCUUUUUGUUUUUUUACAUUUUUAUCUUUUAUGUACAGAGGGUGACUAUUUUCUAGCUUCCGGCUGAUCGGUAGUGUUUAGGCCAUAAGCACAUAACGUAGUGAUAUUAGAAUCACAUUUUUUAAGUUUGAAUUGUAGCAUGAUUUCUAAUCAUUUCUCAGGAUGUCCGAAAAAAAAAAAAAAAAAAGUUUUACAGUAAUCAAGAGAUAGGUACAUAAUCAACAAGGACAGCAAAAACUUCUCACAAUCUCUACAGUCUGUUCAGAACUGCUGUCUGAAGGGUUCGAACUCAAUAAGAAUCCCUUUUGUUAAAAUGCAGUUUGUUACAAGCAGCAUUUUAUGUCCGGGGUUGGCAGUCUCAUCCGAUGAACAUGCUGGAAUGUAUAUGACUACUAUAACCACCAAGUGUCUGUCUAUUGGUAUCGGCUAAUUCAUAUGUAUAUACGUGUACCCACAUACAUGGGUGGAAUAACUGGAUCAUGGUUUUGUAUUGAUCAAAAUAAUUUUAUAAAUGUAGCUACUUCCUGGCACAAUGAAAACUUAAAAUUGUGAGGCUCUCUGAAUGAAUGAUUCUUUUUCCACCCUUGCAUGUGUGAGUUUAAACACAGUGGUACUCGAUGUAUCUUGUGGUUCAGGACUAACCGCAAAAUGAAAUAGACAAAUUGGCUGGUACUGUAAUCAGGCUAUUUUUUAUUUAUUUUAUUUUUUUAAAGACACAUAUAAAUGUCUCUCUCACACCAAAGUAACCUCUGUGUCUAAAAUUGCAGUCUUGAAAACUGUUUUUUAUUGCUGCAUGUUCAUUCUCCAUGGAGAGGUCGCACAUUUUGAACUUAAAAUGCUGCUUUCAGUGAAAGUCAAUUGAAUAGUUUUUAAGCAGUCUUUCUAGGGCCGAGCACACCACAGUGUAUUACAAUGCUCUCGUUCUGCUCCAUGUGGGCAGUGAUUGUGGUUAAGAUGCAAGCUCUGUCUCUAGAAGUGAUGAAUCUGGUACUUCUCUUAUCAUCCAGGUGUUGUAUUGGAAAGGACUGUAAAAGAACCACUUAGACACUUUACCUCCUCAGUAUGCAAAUGUAAAUAAACUGUAUUAUAGAAAAUCUUUUGUUAAUAUAAAAAGGCUGUCCAAUUUCUGCUGUACAUUAAAAGUUUGUUUUAUUCAUGUUAA